GUUGUAACUAAGUGAGUUUGAGUGUGACAGAGGCAAGCAGGCAAAAACCGCUAGAUUUGGGGGGGAUUACACAGGAGCCGAUCUAGACCAGCUCAAGUCUUGUCCGAACUUUUUAUUCAAGUUUGAAGCGUUUUUCAGAGAAAUCCACAAAGACCUCCAAGAUCCGGGAGAAACUCGGAGGAGAACUUUUGAAGAGCAGCGGUACAAAAGAAGAACGAGAGAAGUUUGAGAAAAUACUUUUUUGGUUUAUAUCCUCUCAGAGGUGACAGCGAGUCUCCGCUUGUCUCUCCCUGGUGUCCCACUAACCUCUGGAUUAACUUUUGGAGAGGAGCUCGCGGUCUUCUGGACACUCCCAAGUGUCUUGAAAGUGAUGUAAACCUCUCGAAGUAAUUAACGCGGAUCACCAACGUUUGGAGACACAAAGUUGCGCAUGUGUGGAGGUGAAUGAGACGUCUGGAUGGACUCAGACUUCCCGUGAAUUGAACUGUGAGUUGUGCGUCCGGACUGCCAUGACAUAACGGGACAGAGCAGGAAAAUCAGGACCGCUGAGUAUUUCUAACAUGACCGAAUAAGAGGACCCUCAACUCAGCCAUUCAUCCAACACCUUCAGUAAGAUACCUAUUCUUCCUCUCACCCUCCUCACCCUCCAUUGAGAGCCCCAUGCUGGAGAUAUGGGAUGACUGGAGGCGGGGGUGCAGCUGAGGUGAGCUCCAGCAGCCAAAGGACAAUGUUUGCGCCCGGCGUUGGCAUCCCUCCGCUGCCGGGGCGUCUGGUACUGAUGCUGCUCCUGCUGUGCGCAACAGAGCCCAGACUCUCCACGGCCUGUCCCGGGUUACUCGCUUCCACCAGCGGCUGCAGCUGCACGGACGAGCGGGGGAAAAUGCACGGUAUCCAAGGCCAGGCUGUGGGAAGGAGGGUCAGCUGCACCAAGGAGGAGCUGAGUGAACCUCCGGAUAGCAGCCUGCUGCCCAACAGGACCGUCACCCUGUGAGUCUCGACACUGACAAGUAGAUCCAAACUAACCACGAUGUCAUGAUUGUAUGAUAAGAUGAGGCCUGUGAACCUGACCCGAGAUUAUGGCUUCAUUGUUCUCGUCUGUUUUGACAGUUUUCUCUGUCCUUUAUGAUUUCCUUUCUUUUAACCAUCAUGCUCCAUGAAAAGCCAACAUAUUUAGGGUUCAUACUCUUGAGUUUUAACAUGUUUCCAUGGAGAUUUGAUUCCAGUUUUAGUAUCUAACCAGGUGUAUUUUUCAGCUCUAAAAGUAGACUUCAAAUUGUGUAGUACAAAAGGACAACUCAGUGAUGGUACAGUGACUCAAAAGGCCCACACACCCACCCCUCUGAACCCAUGACCUCAGAGUUAACUGUAUUGAGGUCUUGCUACAGUAAUAAGGCUUAUUAGGUCAGAAGUUUACAUCUUGAUCUAGUUUACCUCUGCAGCGGAGGGCUGAGCAUCGCCUCUCUGUGAAGCAUUUAGGGAAGAUCAGCGAGAGGGCAGGCUGACUGUAACACCCCUCACAGCCCUGCCUCUUUGACACGUCUGUCACUUUGAGUUUGUCUCAGACAGCUCCUUCUUUCUCCCACCAACACUGUGUAUGUCUGACUUGGCCUCGCCGAACUGGAACGAGCAGAAACACAUUUCAUUUUUAGUAUUUUUCUAUCAGAAAACACCCAGAGCAUUUGGUGAGAAUUAUGCAGAAACAGUUCCGGGCUUGGUUUGGUAUUUUUUAAUUAAGCGAGAAGUUAUUUGUGUGGUAUCCUUGGAUAGAACUUGUGAGGGCGUCAUCGUGUGCCAAAACACACUAUCUCUCAAGAUGGAUGCACCACUAAUCUAUCAGUGACACAUAUUUCUGGGGUGUCGUGUUGAACAGUUUCUUCACAGCCGCUCAGACUCUCCGUAGAAGUUUCCCAUUUUCCCACAGUGUGUUACUGUCUCUGCACAAUGACCCAGUGGGAGAAAUGUUCGCCGCACAUGGGCACCAGAAGAAAAAACAUGUUCGACUGCCUCUCUGCAGCGAGCAUGUGAGGUAAAGUAAGGGGAUUUAUCCCCCAGGAGAGCGGAGACAAGCCAGCAGUCCAUUUAUAGGCCCUUAUGUUUCUUGCUUAAUAAAGGCAGGAUAAACAUCUGGAGAACACAUUGCUUUAAACCAGAGGUGGGGGUGGUGGGGGUGGUGGUGGAGUUGGGUGGCAGUGGUCGAGGUGAUUGAAGAUAAUCUUCUGUCUUCCCGUCUACUAAUUUUGGUGGAGUUGUUUUUUGUACACGUCUUGCACGUUUACGACGCUGUGAAUGCAAAGCAAACAUUUCCACCCUCUUUACCUUUAGCUUUACCGUCUGGAAAGUUCGUUUUCCUUAAGGUUGGUUUGGUUCCUCAAGCUCCCUACUCCCAUCCUUCGCUCAUGACAUUAGCUCCAGAUGUGGAAUGUGAGAAGUGUGUUGAUAUUCGUGUUAUUCCUGACAUUCCUCAGCCCUUCUCUGAGACUGCGGACAGUAUCCCAGGUGCAGCAGGGGAGCUUUCUCAGUGCCCUGCGCUGCCUGAGUCCCUCCCCUCACCAGACGGCCUGACAGCCGGCCGUGCUGCCCUCUCUCUCCCGGAGGAGUCUCUUCUCUAUGCUGAGCGGGCGAAUGCUGGAGGACACCAGGCUCAGGGCUUCCGGGGCUGGCCGCUACGUGUAAUGCACAACAGCUGGCCCCUGUAAAACAUUCCAGCUGAGGCCCCUUAGCCUCAUGGGAAAUCCCAACAGGGAUUUGUUUAUUAAAACUAUUAGUUGGCUGUUUGUUGUUCCUGCCAGCUGUAAAGAAGCAACCAGUCGUCCUGACAUUAUCGCCUUCUUCUUUGGCUUUUAAUGCCUUAGCUGCACUUUGAUUGCAGAUUUUACAUUUAUCCAUUUUCAUAAACUCGGGCUUAUCACCGGUUUGUCAUGCAUCCUGCUUCUCAACCCUCCACCACCUUUUGUCCCACUUUCCCUCUUUUUCUUUAUCUGCAGCUCCCUGUGUCUCUCCCCUUCCCACCCCUCUAUCAUGAGUUCAUCCACACGCAGUAACUCUCAACCUAAAUAUUUAGCCGUCCUGGUAGGAAACUGCCAUGUCCAAACUCCUUCCAGAUGUGAGCCUGUGCAGCCCUGUGUUUAGGCCUAAUUAUGCACGGCUGCAGAGGAGCUGGAGCACUGCGAGAAGAAGAGGAAAGGAAUGGUAGAGAAAGGGGGAAAAUAGAUAAGAGUGUUAAAGCCAAAAAAAAGUGCUGUCUUUCAAGGGGAAAGUGAAAUAAAUGGGGGGAAUUGAAAGGAGAAAGGAGCUGAGCGUGAGGAGACGAAGAGGAAGAGGGAACCAUGAGGGGAACAAAGAAGGAGAGUAAAGAGGGAGAGAGGAUGGAGGAGGGAGAGGAGAAGCUUGGCAGGCGGUUCAGAGGGAUUUGCCCCUGGAGACUCAAAACUCCCCAGCCCCUGACUAACAGAUCUUCGACUCUGGGGUGAGAGGGAGGAGAAGGAGAAGGAGGAGAAGGAGACCUCCUUGAUGCAUCAAAAUUGCUCCCCGUCUGUAUCAUUAUCUGACAAAUUUUUGGUAUUUUUGCCGAUUAAAACAGCAAACGUGUGCUGAUGGAUGCACUGCAAACACACUGGUCGUAUAGAAACUGAGCAGUAACUCCUCUGCGUGCGCAGUGUGCUGGCAGCUGUGUUUGUUUUAAUGUUUUCAUGGAGAACAGACAAAUGAAGAGAGCGUACAGUGGCAGUCUAUGUGUGAAAUAUGCCGGAGCUUCAUAGCUUGAGGUUUCUUCCCAAUUCAAAACCCUGCUCCUCCCUUGGUGUGUUUUGCUGUCAUCAACUCCAGUGACUGAUGGCUUCGGCUCAGCGGGUGCCAGCGCGGGCACACAUGCUCGGGGUGGGGGGGUCAGCGUGCCCGUCCUUGGCCUGGUGCCCCCCAACACAAGACAGCUGCAGAGCAACACGGUUGCUGUCUGCACGGUUGCACUUGAGACCAAUUUGUCAGUGUUGCUGGCUGGCAGUCAGGAGUUUGAGAUAAAAAUAUUCCUCAGAGGGUAGUAAAAUUGUUUUAUCAGUGAGGGUCAGGGCUGUAAAAGAGCGGGUGUUAAAGUAACAGUUUAUCCUCGGGCAUGUGGUGCUGAAGAAUGGCCUGAACUUUAUACAUUUUAGUCUGUUCUGUGAAGCAAUACUUACAUGACAACCAUAAAUGGCUUAGUCUCAAUAUGAAGCUACAGCUAGCUGCCGACUAGCUUUAGAAAUGUGUUUUAACCAGUCUAGUCCAUUUCAUUGGUGAGAGACAUUAUGUUUCCCAACCAAAUAUUGUGCCGACGUCCAGGGGUGAAAGUAGGAUAAGGUUCUUGCAGAAGGUAGGCUUUGUACAAGAGGAGCACACCCAAGUUUAAUGAGGUGCCAACUCUGAUGCUACAGUAUCAUCAUCUGCUACAUCUCUCUAUCUCUUGAACAUAAUCAACUUUUUUCUACAUUUUGUUUUAUUUAUGCAUUUAAGGGAUAUUUUAGGGUCAAACACACCAUAACACUGAGUUAGACACCCCCUUGAGAGAUGAAUGUUGCCGACCGCUUGCUUCUUUAGUUAAACCAAAUUUAGUAACAACCGCAGGAUAGCAAUACACAGCGGUCUGAGGAGCCAUAAACAAACCUCAACCAAAACGCCACUCUAUAGCCACAAAUAAUGCUCAGAACAGCACCUAACUUCAUCAACAGUACAUAUAGGGUCCGAGCCACAGCGCUAGCCACCAAACAUCUUUUUAGCUUUGCCUGAUUUCUUUAGCAAAGAGACUAAACACAACUCACCCACUCUCUUCCAGCAGCCGCUUGUUUGUAACGAGACCUAAGGCCAGUCCAUUACAGACUGCUGCAGAGAUGCAGCUCAUUUCUGUAUCAUUUCCUUGAAGUAAUAAUCACCAUAUGAAUCAUUUUGCACUGCAGACGCAGUGGUUCCUCUGCCUUAGCGUCUGAUUGCAUUUCCAUGAAGAAAUGAUCAUAAAUGUUCUUCCUUGAUUUGCGUAUAUUCCUCGAGGAUUGAAGAUUUCUUUAAAAGUUCCCUCCUUCCGCAAAAGGCGGUCCCCAGCUCCUAGGCAACCAGCGUCCAAUCAAAAGCGCGCACUGAGCGCUACCACUUUUGGUUCGUUCGUUUGCGGAAGCAAGUAUGACUCGCUCGCAAGCAGCAUGGUUUUAUUAGAUUACUACGGUUACAAAGCAGUGUACAGACCGACGUGCGGCAACACGGUAAGCAAAUGUAGCCUACAUACACUGCAGGGAUUAAAGUUUGUGUACCGCUGCAUACCGUCUGUAAACUGCUGUUUAUGUCUUCCCGCUGCGUAUCGGCUUACUUUCACCCCUGCCGACGUCGUAAACAACCCUACUUACCUACAACUUUUGGUGCUUUUUUGGCUGUUAAGAGUGGACAACAUCAAAAGAAACUGUUUAAAGCUAAAAAUCAUAAUUCGUUAACCAAACUAGGCACAAACCGUUUCUAAAAGUCAGAAAAAAUAUUAGUUAAUAGGGUUUAGAUCCACCUUAGAUCAUACCUGCCAACACUCCCGUUUUUCCCGGGACUCUCCCAUAUCUCAGACCUAUCUUCCGCCCUCCUCCCGUAUGGUCAUUUCUCCCGGGAAUCUCCCGUUCUAUAAUGGUCCACGUUCAUAAAUCGGAUCACUAUAUUUGUCUGAAGUUUCUGCUGAGUCACACAGAUGGAUUGAUACUUUUAUAAUUUGGGAUGAUUCAGGUCAGUUUAAUUUGUAAACUAUAUUUAAGCAGUGUUUGUUGUAAAAUGAACAUUUCAAUGAAAGGGAAACAAACGCGAGAUAUAAUAUUUACGUUGAUAGUCUUUCACCGUCUCGGAGUGAUGCGUUCAGGGCAGCCUCAGAUAAAAAAGUGCUGUAUUCCACGCACAGCCUCAUAUGGGAGAGCAUGUAAAACAUAUGAGGACUUUAACACUAAUUUUAGAGGACUAAAUAAGUUCAAGGCACAUUGUAGCUAUUAUUUUUUUAAUUACCAUUUGUUAUUGUUGAAACAAAACAAAAGUGUGCAGCUUCACUUAUACUUAUUUGUAUGAGCAAUUUAAUUACAAAUACUCUCAUAAUUAGCUCAUAUCCACCAUACAAGGUAACCCCACAACUGCCCGACGUGUGCCACAAAAAUCUCUCAGAUUUUAUAACCCAAAUGUUGGCAGGUAUGUCUUAGAUAUUGCUACAUAGUUUGGUCUCAAGUUUAAGCUGAAAUUUACAAGCCAACUUGAUGACACCUAUUAAACACCUUGGCUUAUGUGAGCAAGUAUUUUUCCAGCUAUAUAACAGGGCAUUUAUCUCAUGUAUUUACCCAUGACAUGAGGUGUGUUGUCUGCUUGAUAUAGCAGGAGAGUGGUAGCACAGAGCAUCCUCUAACUAUAUGUACUCCUGCCAGCGUCUACAGUGAACACAGGUCCAAAGUCAGGGGAGAGAGUGCUGCAGGAGAUGAGUCCAACUAUCAUUCAGUCCUUGGAUCACAAAUAUGGUUUCUGAUGUCCAAAAGACACUCAGAUCAUAGAGCUGCGGAAAUAAUCAGCUGAAUCACACCACUAAACAUCCCUAUCUAGCUUUUCCCUAAAUAUGCUUUGCCACACAGUGAUAUCAGAUCAUAUCUGGAAUCACACUUGAUAUCUGUGGUAGUAGCAUAUAAGAUUUUUUUAUUCCUAAAUUGCCUGUCUUGAAGUAAUAAAGAUGAUACCACAGAGGGGGAAGAAGGAUAUGAAGUUGCGGACUGGCUUGGCUAAAUCUAUUGCUGUUGGCAAAACAAACUCGAUGUUUUCUCUGUUCGGUUUGGUAAAGAAAUGGGGACAUUUUCAGAAACAGCUCUAGCCAGGGACAGGCUGUGAAGAAUAGGGACCGUAACCCAGAAAACGAUGACAUCUGGUCACCCCGGUUGACCUCCAAAAACAUUUGAUUUUCAUUUUCAACAACAACCGCUUAGUGUGGUUUUCUCUGCUGCUCUUUGUGUAUAACUCCUCUGUUCCCUUCACCCUACAGUAUCGUAGCUUGCCUUUUUGUCAAGCUGAGCUAAAUGGCUUCUUGAUUAACCAAGAUGAAGGUAAAGCAGCAUUAAUCUUUUCACUUUUAACACGUUUUAAGAGGUUUUUAAUGUGUUUAAGUUGGUGCAAUCAUAACAUGAAUGCAGUUUAUCUGAAAUAUUUGCUUCUCUAGUUGGUUGAAGUAACCCUCUAACAACACGUUCAGAUUAAACCGGUCCAUCACUGGAACUGUUUGGAGGUUUUAUGGGCUUAUUUAAGACAUCCUGCCACGAGCUUUCGGGAGGGUGGAGAGCCUUGUUUUUACACUUACCCCUACAUUUGUCUGGUUUCUCUGGAUUUAAUUGAAACAGUCUGUCAUCGUCGACUGCGUUUGAUGAGUCCUCAGCGUCUCCGCUCACUCACAGCUCAACCCCUGAGAGGUUAUCUAUUGGCUACAGUAUUAAUCUGCGCCUCUUUAAUCACCAUUUCUUCCCCUGAGUCACAUCUUUGGUUUCUUAUUUGUGGCUCACAUGUGGACUGAAUCCAAAGGGCCGGCAGAUGUGUCGGUGGUUUGCGUUGGGGUCUGUGAGUCAGAGUGUGUUGAGACAGGAGUAUGAAGUAUCUGGAGCAGUCGAGUUAUCAGGAGGGAGGAUUUUAAUAGCAAAGAGAGCGCUGGUCCUCGGGCAUUCCUGCAGCCGGAGGGUUUAUUUAUGUGAGGAAAGGAGUUGAGAGGAGGGGGAGUGGGCUUUCCUCCACACAUGUUAGGUGGGGCAGCGGUCAGCAAUAAAUCAAAAAAGCAAACAAAAGUCCUGACACUGGAUACCUAACUCUGGCACCUGCCAAUGCCACACAAGCCUGGGGUUUAUUGUGCCCUUGCAGGUCAAAGUAGGAGCUCUGAAACAGGCCCAACACACCCUCCUACGUCUCUGCACUUUUGCUGCCAGCAUUUUUAAUGAUAAAUGUGAACGCCUCUUAUCACCUCAUUGUGUUUGUUGAUUAAACUGUUGCAAUACAUCAAAAUUUGGCAGUAACAGAGACAUAUGUUGUCAUAGUAAUCUCAUACUCCCGAGUUGCUUUUUGUUAUUUUAGUCUUUCCUUUUGCCGUGCUCUCUUCUUAUCUUACUCCAAAAAUGUCUGACUCUGACUUUUCUCUGCCAGUGCUAACUUCCCUCUCCCCUUGUCCGACCACAGCGGCCCCCAAAGUUCCUGCUGGAGGUCGAAGGCGCAUGGAUACAGAUAAUAGAUGUGUAUAGUGGGAAUGCCUGUGGCCGCAGUGUGUUAGUGUUUCUGAUCCUCUUUCUUGAGAACCGUUUGAUGACAAAAGUGCAAGUCAUCCAGCAGGGUUCAAGAAUUUACUGAUGUAGCCUCUGAGUUGCUCUUUGAUUGCUCUAAGGUUUAACAGAUUUUCUCCAAGGGUUCACCUUUGAUUACAUAUCUGAGGCUGAGUGGUAGAGAUGGCGACAUCUUUGGGCGAGACAUCUGACCCCGAUCUGCCCUUGUGGCUGUGCUAGUGCAUGACUAGGAUUAUUUAAUCUUGACAUCCUCUCCAUUGGCAUAUGAAUGUGGUGUGAAUGGAUGAGUGAGAUGUGCUGUGAAAGCUUUCUAAAUGGGCAGACUAUCUUAACCUGAAGAGUCAGAGUACAGAGAGAGAUCUAUGAAAUGACAGAGACAACAGUUUAAGUAACAGACUGAACAUUUUACCACAGUUUUCUGAAAAAGUGUAAAUACAGCAAAGUUUCUUAAUGUGUGAUAAAGCACUGCUCUUUCCACCAAGAGUCCAAAAAUAAAUCCAGACUCAAAAUUUCUUAGAUUUUUAGUAGGAAUGAUAAAAGAAGCCUUUUAAAGAACAAAAUUAGGCAAUCAAAUGAUUAAGAUAAAUAACUUUACCAUAACUUAAUCAGUAAAGUCUCCAAUUGUAUCUUCAAAAACAAAAACAAAAACAAAACAAAAAAAAAAAAGGCCUGCUCUUAUUUGGAAAUCAUGUCCAUAGGUUACCCUAAAGGUGUCCACUUGAGCUGCAGUCCCUUAAUCUCUUACAUCAGUUCUAGGUAUGGCCUCUAAAAGUUCUGUCGUAAAGUAUUUAUGUUUUAAAUAAUAAGUAAAUAUAGAUGUUGGUAUUAAAACCCCUGUGGUUACAAAAUAUACAAUCACACAACCAUUACUCAAAAGCCAGUGCCAAAGCUGCCUCCCAGCCGUGGUUGGAUCACCCAGCAUUCUCAGUAAAAAGUUACUAUAGCUGUAGAGAUGGAAAAUAUCAGCUAAGAUAAAUAAACUAUAAAAAUAAGUCGGAUGUCGAUCACAUAAAUAGAAAAAUAACUUUUGAUACCGGAUGGUGUCACCAGAGGAAUGAAACCCAUGUCUCCAAAUCGGGUUGGAUUCCAGGUCCUGCUGACCACAUACAGAAGAGUCUACUGGCAUGACACUUAACCACAAGCUAGCCUGAUACUGUGCCAUCAGUGUGUGAGUGAGAUCAUUCAAUACUGGCGUGUUAUUUAAUUAUUGUGUGAAUGUGGUGUGAAUGGAUGCCUGGAUGUGUAAGAAUAAGAAUAACUUUAUUAAUCCCCGAAGGGAAAUUCAAUGGCCCCCUGAUCAUCAGGAAGCUUUCGGUGAUAUUCUUGCUGUAAUUAAGGGCUCAUGGGAAAACAAUGGCUAUCAAAGGCAGCUUAAGGCAAUAUUAUUAAGUAAGCUAUCAGUUUCCAAAAAAAUUACAUCUUUGUAGACAUACUGAGUGACCCAUGACAUGCUGAUGCACCAAUUCCACAUAAAAUGAUUAACCAAAGCUGAACCAGUAAUUUAGGUUUUUACAAAAAGAAGAAUGAAAAAUUCAGGUUUUGGAUUUUCCUGUUCCAACAAAUUUGCACACAAAGGCUCAGAAAGAGCACUCUAGUUUGAUGCCAGAUGAUCUAAUUUCUAAAAGCCAAACUGACUAUUAACCACAGGAUUUAAGAGUUUUGUUUAUGACGGUGCUGCCUCGCUUUCAACCCGGACUCUUGUUCCGAUCGUGUAUAUCUUUUGUUUUUUGGUUGUCUUGGCAACAUAUUUCUUUGUUUACUCUGAUUUCGUUUCAUUAAACGGGUUACAUAAAACACUUGAAUCUGAUAAGAAUUUCCGGAAAGCAAAACAUUGCAUCAGACUGCAUCAUAUCACAUUUUAUUUUACAUAUCACAUCACAUCAUAUCAUAUCAUAUCACAUCCUAUCAUGUCAUCUUAUAUCAUAUCAUGUUAUAUCAUAUCAUAUCAUAUCAUGUCAUGUCAUAUCAUAUCAUAUCAUGACAUCUUAUAUCAUAUAUGAUGUCAUCUGAUAUCAUUAUCAUAUUAUAUCAUGUCAUCUUAUAUCAUAUCAUAUUAUGUUAUCAUAUAUCAUAUUAUAUUAUAUCCUAUCAUAUCGUAUCAUAUCAUGUCAUCUUAUAUUAUAUUAAAUCCUGUCAUCUUGUAGCAUAUCAUAUCAUGUCAUUCUAUAUCAUUUCAUAUCAUAUCAUAUCAAGUCAUGUCAUCUUAUAUCAUAUUAUAUUAAAUCAUGUCAUCUCAUAUCAUAUCAUGUCGUCUUAUAUCAUAUCAUAUCAUGUCGUCUUAUAUCGUCUUAUAUCGUAUCAUAUUGUAUCAUAUCGUAGUUCAAGGCUCUUCAAUGCCCUGAUGUCUUGCCAUAUUAACGAGUGAGCACCUUUGAGUUCUCCUGUUGCUGUUAGUCCCUAAAUCCCAAAUGAACAAAAAAUGAAUGUCAGCAGUCGGCCAAAUAUCAAAUUUCUCACUUUACAGCUCAUUAUUAUAAAUCAUGUCUAACUUUUUUAUCUCCGUAACAUAAAACUGUAACAUAAAACCACGUCGUGAAAAACCUGCCUGUUUGAUUCUGUCCUCCAUCACUCAAUACGAGCUGCUUUACACUCACAAUCAAAGGAACUGAAGCAUGAUGAAAUAAAUCUAGAAGCUUUAUUAAAACCCCAGACGACGGGAUUUAACCACUGUUUAAAGAUACUGUAUGACUCUGCAUUCCACCAGCUGAAAUCCAAUCUCUCUCUGGAAAGCAUGUUGGUCUUCCAUCAUGAAAUAACACAUGCUUUAUGAUUAUUUAAUGAACUCUUGUGUCAAAAAUAAUUGAUGUGCAGCAAUUAGGUUUAGGGUGAUGUAAACACUGAUUGUGAUACUUUGUGGUCGCACAGAAAGAAAGAAAAACAACAACAAAACAAAGACACAACCUUCUCUCAGUUGUCUCUAAAGAAAUGGUGAGAGUAUCUGGAGCAGAAAGAUUUUAGCCGACUCUUUGUAAAAGCAGCCUGAUUUUUUUCCCAGCAGUCUUUGCUCAGGAGCAGAAAACAGAGGCUGGUUAUGAGACAGAACAAUGAGACUAUGUUAGCCAGGCAUCCACCACAUUCUUCUGGCUGUCUGAAAAGACUAAAUUCACUAAAUUGCCUCAUUAAAAGUGUAAAAACACUUUGGACGGCGAUUAAACUCACUAUUGUGUUCCUGCUCUGUGGCAGUAAACUUUCCAUUUUGGUUUGUCUUGACUUGUCUUUGACUGCAAAUAUUGUUAUAAGUUAUUGCAGCUUCACAGUAAGGCGGCGGGAUUUGAACUUGUGAUCUCUGGCUGUUAAUAUUUAUUGCAGCUCCCUGUUUACAUCUUUAAAGUCCGGCUCCAGUAAAUUGUAUAAAGACGGCACAAGAAACACACUUCAGGGACAGUUUUUGUUUGCCAAACUCAAAGAAUUGACUAAUAAGACAUCCUCUCAGGAGUGGGGGACCUUCCUCUCAGGAGUGGGUAUUGUGUAUGUGUGUGUAUGUGUUAGCCUGUUUGCCUGUGCACACACAUAUGGGAAGGGCGUGCACGGCCACAGCUCUGGAAAUAGUCUCCAGUCCUCCCCUCUCUAAUUAGAGACAUUUCAAAAACCCAGAUUUUAAUUUUAGACUGCAAGCUUUCGGACCACUUAUGCACACACACAUCAAGUUAAACAUACACACUUUCCGUAUAAAUAAAUCUGAUAGGUCACACACUUGUGCAUCUAAAUCUGCACACACACUCAUGGAGCCACAAACCACAAAGCCUUACUACCCGGCGCAGGCUGGUAACCCAAGCACAAUGCAGUGUGCUCUAUAAUAAGUGGUUGCACAUAUCAAAUGCAGGAGCGUACUCCCCGUACGGGGCCUUCAGGCAGCAAAGUAUGAUAAUAAAGCCAAGUAAUGCAAGAUUCUCCCCUUAAUAUAAAUCAUCAGACUCAUUUAUCACUGCAAAAAUCUGUUCCACUCUUUAAUGUGGCUUCUCUCGCCCUCCUCACCCUGUUUGAUGAUUGCAUUACUUAAUUAAAAAAUGAUUUCACAAAAAAAAUAUUUUGCAUGCAAUUACAUGGAUGCUCCUUUUCCAUGACAGGGCAGUAAAUGGGGCUUGAAGCUUGGCAGCGUUCCCUGGUAGCGGCUCUGUGCCCCUCUGGAGGGUCGGCCACAAUAGGCACAUUCACAUCUUGACAUGCAUUUGCUGCUAAAGUGCCUGUUGUGCUGGAGGGCAUUUAGUUUCUCUGUUACACUCAGAGCCGUGACUUUCUGAGGACUGGACCAGGGUGCAGGGAGGGGCUCUGGGACCAACUGGCUUAGGUAGCUCUCCGAAAGGGUUAAGCUAUUUGGGACGGAUGCAGGCGAUGAAUAGUCAGCACAGUCUGGAGGCCUCUUGUGAAGUACUUAUUGUAACAAAGAUGACACAGCCAACUCCCAGCCAGAGACAUGGCUCUGCCUGUGCUCUUCUUUUAUUCCUCCUCCCUCCACCUUCCUCUGUGUGCAGAAGAGUCCAUUAGCAAAGAGAGACAGAGGGAUGAGGGUUUGGUCCAGCUGAUGCAGCUUUUUGGAGCCUGACACAAAUACCAACUGUCAACCAGCACACAUGUGCAGGCAGACGCUGCCAGUGUCAUCAUACGAGAUUGUUUUCAUACCAACAAAGAAUACUGAACAAUAAUAAUCAUAAUUUAUCGCUCCAUGCACAGUCUGCACAGUAGCAAAUGUACCCAAACAUGAUCAAAACAUCUGCACCAUAUUCAUUUUACGGGGUUGGCUGACCCAGUCUGACCAAUAUGAAACUUUAACUGUUUUAUUUUUUUUUUCCACAGCCCACUUACACACGUUUCCUGAAUUACAAUUUACUUUUCCCAAAAACUAUAAACGCGGAGAAGAAGCCACACUUAGUCUGGCCAAACCACAGACAUCGGAGACAAAAUUAAACUCUUGAUUCAAAACAUGUUAUCUUCCACCUAAAUUAAACUGCAGAUUACUUCCUGCUUUUAGAGAACACACAGGAGCUGCCAAAUACUGAAAAGCCACAGAAAUAAGUGAAAAACUGCUAUCAUGAAUCCAGACGGGUAAUUUGACACAAAAAAACGUGAAAUUCUAUAAAUACCAGACAUAAAACCACCAUGGCCUAUGGAGACCAAGAAAGGCAUCCCAAACGUGGUGGACUAUAGAUCCAUGAUUGUUUAAGUAUGUUGUAAAUAUGAAACAUAUUGUGUUGAAUUUUGUAUGAAAUGUGCCUUAUAGACAAGUUUGACUUGACAUUUUUAGAAACAUCAGAAAAAACAAUAUUUAGUUUUAUAUUUUUCCCUCAUCACUAGGUAGUCUUUUGUGCUAGCAGGAUAAAACAAUAAUAGCAGCAGAAAUCAUCAACAUAGAGCAGUAAAAACUCAAUAUUGAGACUAUUAAGACAGUCACAGCAGUCUUAAGGUCCUUGACGCAAAUAUACAACAUGCAAUUACAAAAUAUUCGGAGGCGAAUUUUGACACGCCUGACUAUACACAUCAAGCGCGAUGCGAUUUUGCGACUUUCCGGGGGAAAAAAAAGACGCAUUCCGGGUGGAAGUGAGAAGACUAACAACAGCAGACUGACUGUUUUUCAGUUCUGAUUAAACACUAGUGUUGAGAUGUCUGUCUGUCAUGAUAGCAUGUACUGAGUCGGGGUCAGUAGUACCAGAUUAGCACAUUAAACUAUAAUCCAUAAACGUAAGGUCACAACUGAGACCUAAUGGUGCUGUGACAGCAACACGAUUGAGUUUGAGACAGUGAAAAUACAUAUGGUAUGUUGUAUCUGAACAGGUUAGCUUACGAGCUAAAGUUACUUAGCACAGAUGAAAGUUAAAACAAAGACAUUCAGCAAACUGUUAAAGCACACAAACCAUCGUCAUAUGAGAAAUCCGUCACUAUGACUCUCCACAAGUUGUCCUUCAGGUCGUUAUCUUUGUAAUAUUUGUGUCUUUUAUCAAAAAGCACUCUGUUCUCCGACACGUUAACAAUCAGCUGGUCGGCCAUGUUGGAUAUGAAUGAAUGUGAAUCAGAUGUUGCAACAACAUGAUAUGAUAUGAUAUGCAAUAUCGCAGGACGGGAAAACGUCACUGAUGUAAACGCUUGUAUUGACAGGAUACAGGUUUGAAAAAAAAUAUUGAUGUCUGAAAUAAUCGCACAAAAAAAGGCUCCCGGUGUGAAAGGACCUUUAGAAGGGUUUCUCUCCAGAUAAGCGGCAGAAGAUGAAUGGAUGAAGAGGGCUCUUCAACACAUGGUCACAGCCAGAUAAUAAAAAGUCACUUCUUUAGUUUUCAAAGUGCAGUGCAGCUCUCCAGUAAAUAAUGCUUUCAGUAUAAGAACUGUUUUUCUCUGUGAUGCAUGUUGACAUUUUGACGGCAGUAAAAGUAGAGCUGUAAAUCCUCCAAGCAACAACUGAACUGAGCCAUAAAUAAAGUCAGCAGUAGCUCCAUUUUUUUCAACUAUCAUGAUAUGUCAAGAGGUGCAGAAAGGUGUAAAUAAUGCACCCUGAAGUGUUCAAACUUCCCCUGUAAUGACUGUGAAAAAGUCUGAUAAAGGUAUGUGCCAUACCAGCAAGUGAACCAUUAACACACGUACACACCCACAGACCUAUGCACACACAUCCACUGGCAUGUCAGGACCAGGAAUUCUUGGCCGCUAAUGAAGGGCUGUACCAAUUACUGCUGCGUGUUUGUCCCUAUAGGAGCCCUGGCACAGCAUGAGGCAGUGUGUAUGUGUGUGUGUGUGCAAAUGUACACAAGUGACAAAAGUUAUGGACUGCUACACUAAAGACAAUUAGAAGCUGCCCCCCAAAACAUCUCUGUGUGCAGGACAUUAGAGUCAGUAAAGACUUUAUUUCAUCAAGAUAAAACUCAAGCUUUGAAGAAGCUCAACGCAAACUAUGAAAUUAUCCCCUCAUUUUAAAUGCUGCAAAUCCCAAUUGAUUGUAUUUUUUUAGGCUUCAACUGAGACAGUUUUCGGCAUUUUUAGCAAUAAUUAAUGACAGAGUCAAAUUCCUAAAGCAAUUAAUCAUUUAUUUGGACUUACUUUAAGUGCAUAUUGAUAUAUUGAGACUAGGAUGUAGCCACAUUAACCUCAUCUGCUGUUUUAGUGGGGGGAUAUGACCUUAUGGUUCACUUAUUCAAUAAAAAGGUACAGAAAACUUGUUGGUUGAGGCCAACUUGCCUUCUGUUUGUCUGCGCACACAGCUAAUGUACAGCAAGUACAUGAUAUUGUAUCAUAUUGUAUUGUAUCGUAUCCUAUCUCAUCAUAUUUUAUCGUAUUGUAUCGUAUCGCAUCAUAUUGCAUUGUAUUGAAUUGCAUCCUAUCGCAUCGUAUCAUAUCGAAUUGUAUCGUAUCGAAUUGCAUCGUAUCCCAUCAUAUUGUAUUGUAUCGUAUCCUAUCUCAUCAUAUUUUAUCGUAUUGUAUCGUAUCGUAUUGUGUCGUAUCGCAUCAUAUUGCAUUGUAUUGAAUUGCAUCCUAUCGCAUCGUAUCAUAUCGAAUUGUAUCGUAUCGAAUUGCAUCGUAUCCCAUCAUAUUGUAUUGUAUCGCAUUGUGUCAUAUCGUAUCGUAUCGAAUUGCAUCGUAUUGCAUCGUAUUGUAUCGUAUCGUACGGUGUUUCAAGGCAGCUAAAAUUCAUAAACCACUGGCAUUUCAACAAGUAGCUUCGAGUUUUACUUUUACUGCCUGGCCUUUAAGCCUAAAAUAAAAAAUAUAUCAAUUAUUUAGUCCUGUAAUAAUCUUCGUCAUCUUUAUAUGAGAUCUGUUUAUAACCACAAUCAUUUGCUCUCUGCUCUAGUCUAUCAUCAGCCGUCCUAUCCAAUAAAGGCAAAAUCUCCCCUUAAAAACUCAAGUAACCAUUUCAGUAAUGACAAAUUUGGACACUUUUGCAUUUUAUUAUCACCCCCUCAUUUCAAUAAUGUAUAAUGAGCCCAAAGUUCUGCCAAUUAGAAUCCCAUUUGGGUAAAUGGGAUCCAGACACACAGCAGAAAGAUCUUAACCACCCAUUCACUAUAUUUUCUUUUCCCAAACCACCAACUCUAGACAUAAAUAAGUUAACACUAAUAUUGAACUUGAGAUGAUUUCAAUAUUGGAAAUAGAUAAAUCCCUCUGAUCUAAGGUUGGGAACACUUUGAUGGCAACCUCAGCUAGCCUACCUGCUAUGUUUCACACCUUGGUCAUCUUGACUUAGCACAAAAUCUGGGAGCUAUUCUGGCUGUGGCUCUGCCCAUUAGCACCUCAAAACCUGCAGUUAAGGUUAAUAUUUUUCUUUAAAAUCAGAAUAAAAACCAGAGUUUAAAACUUCUUGGGCGUCAUUUUAGAGACCUUUAAAACCACAUUAACUUCAUAUUUACUUAAUUCAAGGUGUCAUUUUACCUAAUAUGCUUGAUUAUGCCUCCAAUUUAAGCUGUGUUGAGACAGGCACUUUUACCUUAGCUCAUGACUAACUCUGAGUUAAAUUGGACCCUUUUCUUUGAGGUCGAACUCCGGCGCUAUGUCAUUCGGUUUUUGCUCCAUUAGACAUGGCGUUUGAAUCGAGUAAACCACCGCAGAGAAACUUCUAACAGCCAAAUUAAGUAAAAGAGUUCUUAAAACAUCUUUCAGUUGUAACCACAAUAUUUCUGUUGAUCCACCACGUCUAUCCUCAUUACUCACAGUUCAGUGUAUGUAAUGUGUAUAUAAGGAGAAACGAUGCAGAGUACAUUAGCUCUCCUUUGGAAACUGCCAACGGGCUAUACUUUAAAUGCAACUCUGGCAGGAAGAAGCAAAUGGAAAGCAAAGAGGGAAAACGCAGUAAAACACACGGAUGGUUUUGUAUAGAAGGUUCUCAGCUGUAACAUACACAGUUAAAGGGCUCGCACAAUGAAGCGCUGUAAGUCUAAAAGUGGAUAAUCGUGUUGCUUUGAGUCAAAUUUAAUUACGUCCGCGGAAAAUUCCCACAAGGCUAAAUUAUUAUUUCUUUAUUUAUACAUUAUAGAUUUAAGCACUGCUGUGACACAGAGCAGUGUGUGCAUUAUCAAGUCAGCAUGCUAAUUAAAGCAGGCUUAAUUCAAUAAUGACGCUCUGAGACUCUCAUUGAAAAUCGCUCUCAUUAUCUGGCUCCCAUUGGUCUCCGAAUUAGGACGGGAUUUAUGGCACGUUACCAAUCUCUUUCAAGGGUUCUUGUCUUUCACCUCGCGUGUGGUCCUCGAGGGUAAGAGACCUUUCCAGAGUUAAAUGAUGUUUACACAGAGGCCUGUUGGGUUGUUUUGACUCUCUUUAUUAGGCUGAACCCACGUUUCUCACUCUCUGUUGCUCUUGAAGUGUUGGAUAAACUCUGCACGCUGUUUUAUCCGCAGUCACUAACAUCCAGACACACUGCAGCAGCAGCAGUGGCAGCAGUUUCAGGUGGAUGCUGCUGAAAUGCUCUGUGUUCAAAAUAAAGAAAACAUGACUUACAGUCAAAGAUUACGAAAAGUAAUGAGAGCAGGCAGCUUAGCCUGGAGAUGAAAUCUUAUUAAAUCUAAAUCCCUCCCUAAGACCCUUUUUCUGUUUGUGGUUUGCUGUAGAGGCCUGCAGCUACACAGAGCUCACUGUCCAAGUCCAGAGUGCAUAAAUAUUUAGAGGGCACCAUAGGCCAAUCAGAAUCAGCACUGUUCACUGAAACGCAUCUCAACCAUGUCUGGGACUGAAGGCCAAACCGGGAUGGAGCAUUUCCUGUAAACUCUUUCCACCUUUAAAAAAAAAAAAAGCACAGAAAAUUUAGGGGAAGGCAGGAUGAGGGUGCAAAGAUAUUAACACCAAACACUCAGUGGUAGCGGACUGCAAACAGGACAUCCUGUUGAGUUGGAGUUUAUAGAGGUCUCGCUUUGGCAGGGACGGCAGAUAGAAGGAUGUGUUUUCUCUCGCUGUUCCUCUGCACCAGGUUGUGAUCUGGAAAGCUGAAAAGACUCUGUUCACAACACUGCAAGCCUUCAGCUCCACCGCAGAGACGAUUCCUCUGAGAAAUGAUUGGCUGACAAUGACCCCCAAACCAAAAGCAGCUGGAGGAAGCAUGCUGCUUUUGACAGACAGUUACAGUACACAUAGGUACACACAUACACAUACACACACACACACAUGUACUCGUGCCCUCUGACAGACCUCGGGCAGUAUGUUACAGUCAGAGAGGACGAGCAGAAGUAAAUCAGUGAGCAAAUAGGAUUUGCGACAUGCUGUCAUGCCCCUGUGUGGCCCUCAAAGGCUUUGUGGGUUUAGGAAGCAAAUUGAGCAAACCAACAAAGUGAGUGGCACGGCGCAGGGAGGAGCCGCUGCGGUUUACUAGACAAGACUCUUUGUAUGCUUUUUACUUCUUCACACUCGGUCACGCACUGAGGAAGCCCUGAGCUAUCACUGAACAACAGCAUUCACCACUGAAAUAUGAAGUUUAGCAGUGGUAGGUGUAGUUUCUGGUUUAUAACUACAGUACAGUUUGUGAAAAAGACAAAAAAACACACCCCUUUUUCUUUAAAUGUUAGGGGUGUGAGAAAAAGUUGAUUCACAUGAGUAUCGCGAUUUUUUUGUUUUACAAUUUGUAAGUUGAUUUUAAUGUCCAAAAAUCGGCUUUUUUUCAUUUUUAAGAACAAAUAUUAAAAACUGACCAACAUGUGAUGUGUAUUUUUUGGGGGAUUACGUUUCCUGGAGUAGUCAGUAGACAAUCAUAAUCAUUCAACUGUUUCACUGGUGUUAAAAAUGCGGGCUCAAGAUCGAGAAAAUUGACGAUAUCAUUGAAAUGCAAUUUAAAUCGAAUCGGCAUCCAAAAAAUCGUAGAAGAAUCGAAUUGGGAGAAAAGCAUAUUGUCCCAGCCUUAUUAAAUAUACACUGACGCAUAAAGACAUCAUUUCAAACAUUAUUUUUUAAAGGACUUGUUGGAUAAAAGGUUGAAAAAUAAUGUUUUUUUUUAACGUACGAUAACACACAUGCUUGAAGAGAGUAUUAUUUCAUGGUUUAUACCUUUUCAUUUGGUCAAAUAUCACAAUUUGCAAACCUGCUGGCAUGAUGACUGAGUGGGUGUUAACGUUUUAUUCUACUUCUAUUCAAGCUCUGGCUUACCUUGGUUAACCUAGUUUAUAACUACAGUAAUGUGUAAAAAACACAAAAAACAUUCCCCUUUCUUCUUUAAAUAUACACCGACACAUAAAUACUGCAUUUCAGACAUUAUUUCUUGAAGGACUCGCUGGACAAAGGGUUAAAAAAUAAUGUUUUUUAAACAUCUUGAAUGUACAAUUGCCUUUUCUUUUGGUCAAAUAUUGAAAUUAUAAUUUUUAUUCCAUUUGUAAGUACCUGCUGGCAUGAUGACUGAGUGGGUAUUAACUUCUUAUUCUACUUCUAUCUAAGCUCCAAAUUUCAACUUUUCAACGAGAACAAGGAGCUUUUCAGAAACAUGUUGGAAAGCUCAAUUAACUUAAAUCAACUCAUUUUGAAACAUGUGGCCCAUAAUUACUGCAAUCAAGCAAAUUGUUCGAAAAUACUUCUAAAAUUGAGCCUUUUGGGAGGCAAGUGCAGCCAAAAUAUUAAUGUUGAAAUAGUUUUCAUGAAAACACACGCAUACAGAAAUAUGAAAUGAACGGUGAACAGCAGAGAGUAGAUUUUUAGGUUCAUGACAUGGUCCAUGAGGGGGUUUCAUAUUUUAUUAUCAACUCCUUUUAGACUAUAUAAAAGGCAUAUCUGUUCCUUAAAGAAAUACAUGUGAUACCAUGAUGUAAAUUGGUGGUAACAUGUGUCUGCGUGUUUUACAGCUGUGGCUCUGACCCUGUUUAACCCCCUCCACCAUAAGUACUCCACACAUGAUCAGGGCUUGUGUCUGCGUCUCUGUCUGACCUGCCUUUUUUCAUAUGACCUCCUGCUUUUUGAUCUUCAUGUAAAUGAAUUAGAUAAAAUGGACGAGUGGGACUCUGGAGCCAGACAUGUGGCCCUGUUUUUUUAUAUUUUUUUACAUGGAUUAGAGAUGGAUUCAAUUAGCCUGUGUGAUUUCUCAGAGGCCUUUGUGGUUUGAAAGGGUUAAGUGAAUGAGAGACACCAUCGAUAGUCUGGACUUAGUUAUCCCACUGUCAAUGUACCGUACUGUUUAGUGCUCUUGAAAGCAGAUUAGCUUCAUCUGCCAUCUGAUCUGUCACUUAAAAUGAGGGGAGAGAAGCCACUCGUGUACAGUAAUAAGACAUCAGGCCUCAGAGCAGCCUGGUUUCCUAUAAUGAAGAAGCUACUCAUCUUCUCUGCCACUGUUAACCUUUGUGUACUGCAGCGAUGAAGGAUGCACCCUCGUCUGCCUCUCAGCUGUCACCUGCUUCCAAACACUGCUGCGUCUGUCUGCCGGCCAUGCAGGAAGUGCUCUCUCUACAACCCCUGACCUCUGAAACCGGGUUCUGAAUAAACAGCUAAUUGGCUGGGUUUCCUGUUUAGCCUGAUGGGAACGCCGACUAUUUCUGUCUGUUUACAGAGCUCUGCCUCUCUCUCUUUCUCAGAGUUGUACUCUCUGCAUUGUUUAUGAAAGAACAAUGUCCUCCAAUACGACUCCGCUCCAAACAUCAGGCUUUGGGGAUUAUACAGUAGUGACCGGCCUUUGCAACUCCCCCUGGGUUCCUGGAAAUCUGCCCCUUUUGUUGUCUGUGGGAGGGUUUCAGUUAAGUCAUUUUGUGGUUUUUGUUUAUUUGUUAAAGUCAGCUUUCAAGUCCCGUUUUACAAAGUAGCAAAGAUAAUUGAAAUAUCAUGUGUUGAAAUAUCUUAACCUAAGACAAAUGAGAAAUAUUGUGAUAGGCUGACACAUGUGAGGUCAAUUUUUUUUCAACAUUAAACACAUCCAUGCAGGUUUUAAAGACGGAAAUGCACAAAUCAGACAUUUAGUCCCUUACAGUAAAAAGACAAUCAUAUAAUCACACUGAAGAUCUAUACACACACAUGCACACGCUCCACAUGUGCGCAGCCUUCUGACAAGUAGUUGCACUUCUGCAUGGUAAGCAAAGUCAAAUCGGCAUUAGCUGUAUCUAAACUGUCUGUGUUGAAUUAAAUGGCGUGCUUUUUCGCCAGAUGUGACUUUCUCCUCUUCUAUCUGUAUUGAAUUAUUCAGGCAGUUCCGGAUCUUCUGCAGCUUUCAUCUCAGGUCUGCAUCUAGUUAUGGGAGGGAUACUGUGCACACAGUCGAGGGAGAGACCUUAAAGUCCAAGAGUCAGGGGUUCAAAUCCAGGCUACACUCUGAGAGCGCCGAACGCUCGCUGGUCUGACAUCGACUUUUAAAAGCGUCUUGACUUAAUAACUCUGAUUUAUUUCCACUGUUGUCGGCUGAUUUGUGAACAUUAUGUGUUUUUUCCAGAGCGAGAAAUGAGACUCUGAUCUGGGGAGGAUGUUGUUUUUUCAGGCUUUAACAAUGACUGUGGAUUUUGUGAUUUUACAAACAGGUUGCAUUUCACAUUCUAGCCUGAAAUAAGAUGAUUCAAGUGAAACAGAAAGAGGGCUCAUUGCUUUAGUUUCACUAUUAUGGCCACUGUUUGUUAAACAGGCGCUCAGCUCUUGAUUGUAGCACAGAUUAAUGAUAACUUCAUCUAUUCCCAUAACGUUGGCAUCAGGGAGGCAGGAAAGUUGUGUACUGAGACUGGAUGUUUAAAUCUGGUUAAUAAGAGUUGGAAGGUGCAGAGCUGGAAGCGGUAUUUUUAUUGAUGUGGCAGGAAACAGGGGGUUGGGGUUUGGAGGGACGGAGGUGGAGUGCUGCUCCUGCUGAAUCUGUAUAUCUCGCAGACUGUUCACAGUCCACUCCCACUUUUAAAAGCGCUCACACAGCUCCAGUCUCUCGAUUAAGAACACAGUUAAUGUCGCCCGCAGCCCAUUAAGCGCCAUGUGGUAGCAGCUCGGAUGAUGUGAAGCUGAAGGGUGUGUUAAUGACGGCGAGCUGUCGCCAGAGCGAGGCCUCUGGCCCGCCGCACGCCCCGAGCUCCUGCUGAGGGGACGUGGGCAGGUCUGUUGAGUCACAGGGCUGGUCACAGAAUUGUGGAAACAUUGACCCUUGCCUCCUCGUAAUUAUCUUCUAUGCAGCAAACCUGUGGCAUAAGUAGCUUCCUUUUAGCCAGUGAUGCUAAAAUUCAACAUCGGAGCAGCUUGUUGAGACAGUCCUCCUCUCCCUCGUUGUCUUCCUCCUUGUGUUUGUUGGAUCUAUUACUUACACAUCAUGUGAGCAUGCUGUUUUUUACUGGAGUAAGCUGUUUCAGCUGCUGGCUGAAGCUUCUAUUAGGAAUGAGGCCAUUACAAAAGGAGGCAAAUAGGGGUCUCCAAAAAAAUGAAACCUUCCCUCUAUCUUAAAGGGAUAUUCCGGCGUAAAAUUAAUUUGGGGUCAGACACACUGUAACACCCAGCCACAGCACUAGUCACCAAACAUCUUUUUAACUUUGACUAAUUUCUUUGGCAAAGAGACUAAACACAACUCACCUACUCUCUUCCAGCAGCUGCUUGUUUGGAGCAAGACCUCAGGCCAGUCCAGCUACUGCAGUGGGGUGACGCAGCUCAAGGAAGAACAUUUAUGAUCAUUUCUUCAUGGAAAUGCGAUCAGACUGAAACACUAAGGCAGAAGAACUACCGUGUCUGCAGUGUAAAAUGAUUAAUAUGGUAAUUAUAACUUCAAGGAAAUGAUAAAGAAAUGAUCAUAAAUAUUCUUCCUUGAGCUGCGUCACCCCGCCUCAGUCCAUGAUGGACUGGCCUGAGGUCUCGCUAGAAUCAAGCAGCUGCUGGAAGAGAGUAGGUGAGUUGUGUUUAGUCUCUUUGUUAAAGAAAUCAGGCAAAGUUAAAAAGAUGUUUGGUGGCUAGUGCUUUGGCUGGGACCCUACAUGUACUGUUGAUGAAGUUAGGUGCUGUUCUGAGCAUUAUUUGUGGUAUUCUGGUUGAGGUUUGUUAUGCCUCCUCAGACCACUGUGUAUUGCUAUCGUGUUGUAGUUACUAAAGUUGUUAUAACUAGAGAAGCAAGCGGUCGACAACAUUCAUCUCUUGGGGGGGUUAGUCACUCGGUGUUGCGGUGUGUGUUUGACCCUAAAUUAAUUUUACGCCGGAAUAUCCCUUUAAAUCAUUCUGACUCAGUGACAAGUCUUUCUUAGUAUUACUAUCCUUUCCUGUGACUCCCUGGCAGACAGGCAAUCUCAAACCCACUUCCAGUAUGUCCUCUGGUCCUCUGCCCUCUGGUCUGAUAAGCGUCAUAUAAGCGAAGAGAUCGGCCGGUGGGGAAAAGGCUAAUUAACAUGGCCUGUGCUUCCAUUCGUUUGAUGUGGACGGACAUCCUUUUGAUGCAGAAAUGUAUGUGAAACGAUUAUCAAGAUUACAGCUUCCGUCCUAAUCUUGAUGUCUCAUUUCGUCCUCGGCAUUAAUUGGAAACAUCUUAAGCUAACUUCUCUGGUCAGGCUAAUCUUCUAACUGCAAGAGAACAUUCAGCUGACUCCUUUUUUUGUGAUCUUGGCUGAAACUGUCUGAAAUAGUUAUAAUUCAGCAUAUUUGUGUUUAGUUUUUCAUGAUUUGCAGUGGAAUUAUUUUAACUUACUUUGGUGUUUCUUUCUUUUUCAGGAUACUGAGCCACAACAAAAUCCGAGUUCUGAAAAAUGGAUCCUUCAACGGACUUUUCGCUCUGGAGAAACUGUGAGUAGCCAGUUUAUUUUAUUAUCCUGUGACUUUAGUUCGACAUUGUCGUGAUUGUUUACAUGAUGAGUCCUUGUAUGGCCUGUUAUUUUAGCCUGCCUUGGGACACUUGCAGAGAAAUUUCGGACAGGAAAUCACUUAGAUCUGAGCUGCUAUGUUCACUUCUAUCCAACCACGGGCCGCGAUCCAGCAGGGAGGAUGAUACACUUAGACUGGCUAUCACUGAGUUAUGUUGAAAAGUUCACAUAAUUACACUUCAAGACUGUAUUAUUAGGUAAGCCCCACACCGCUGGACAAGAUAAGAAAGAUCUCUUAAAGAGGAGGUGCCUGUUGGCAGCUGAGCUUCACAGAUGAUCCAGAUUUUCUUAGUAGUAGCAGCAUAAUCUCUCUAAAUGGGGUGUUAGACAUAUGAUAGACAAGAUUAUGUCCAGGGGAAUAAAACUUAAUGACAUGUCUGGUGACAAACAGGAAAAACAACUUUUACUAGCAAUACUAUCAGCAAGCAUGAAUUGCCAAUGACCACUUUCACUCUCCUCUGAGGAUGCAUCUUAAAGGAAAAUUCCGGCAUAGAAUAAUUUUAGGGUCAUACACACGUAACAUCCCGUCGAGAGGUGUAUGUUGCCAACUGCUUGCUUCUCUAGUUAUACCAACUUUAGUAACGACCGUGGGAUAGCAAUACACAGUGGUCACAGGAGCCAUAAACAAACCUCAACCAAAAACACCACUCUAUAUCCACAAAUAAUGCUCAGAAAAGCACCUAACUUCAUCAACAGUACAUAAAGGGUCCCAGCCAUAGUACUUUAGCAAAGAGACUUAACACAACUUACCCACUCUCUUCCAGCAGCCGCUUGUUUGUAGUGAGACCUCGUUCCAGUCCAUUAGGGACUGCUGCGGGGGGAUGCAGCUCAAGGAAGAACAUUUAUGAUUAAUACUUAAAGGAAAUGCAAUCAGACCGAGACGCUAAGGCAGAAGAACUACCACGUCUGCAGUGCAAAGUGAUUAUUACUUAAAGGAAAUGAUAAGUAAUGAUCAUAAAUGUUCUUCCUUGAGCUGCGUAACCCCGCCUCAGUCCAUGAUGGACUGGUCAAGGUCUUGCUGCAAACAAGCGGCUGCUGGAAGAGAGUAGGUGAGUUGCAUUUGGUCUCUUUGCUAAAGAAAUAAGGCAAAUUUAAAAAGGUAUUUGGUGGCUAGUGCUGUGGCUGUGACCCUAUAUGUACUGUUGAUGAAGUUAGGUGCUGUUCUGAGCAUUACUUGUGGCUAUAGAGUAGCUUUUUGGUUGAGGUUUGUUCAUGGCUCCUCAGACCGCUGUGUAUUGCUAUUGUGCGGUUGUUACUAAAGUUUGUAUAACUAGAGAAGCAAGCAGUCGGCAACAUUCAUCUCUCGAGGGGGUGUCUAACAAGGUGUUGCGGUGUGUUUGGCCCUUAAUUUUACGCCGGAAUAUCCCUUUAUAAAGAUAGAUUGCAACUAGAAUCUAGUCGAUUUUGUGCCUUUUCUCUUUUCAAACAAGCGUUCAGCAGCUACAGGCUAUUGCUCCCGCCGUCUGGGAUGCUGUGAUGUGAGAAAAGCAUCUAAAGUGUGUUUUUCCCACCAGAAGGUGUUCGGUUUUACAGAGCAUGCCAGUAAAGCUUUAUAGCGUCCUGGUAGCUAACAACACACAUGGCGCGGCUUUGGUCUGGAUACUGUAAUCUGGUAGACAUACUUAUUUCGCCGGAGCGGGUGGGAGGGGUAUUUUUUAGGUAGCCUAUAUUAGUUCCACAUGCCACUUGGAGCUGCCACCCAUGAAGCUAACAAGCUCCUCAAAGAUGUCAAAAGAAAGAAAAUAUGGUAAUUUGCAGCAGUCGUUAGCUUGUUAGUCGCUACCUGCUGGAGUUAACACCAGAUGAGCCAGUUGAGAACAAACGCUCAAUCUGCUGAGUUGCUGUUUUUAUGUCUGGUAUGUGAACGUCCCUGGGUGGAUGUUUCCACAGUCCUGAGUUCUCACUUUUACCAUAGACGCUUACAAAGCUUUUGAUGGGAAGAUUUGAAACGAAAAACCUGCGAAUGGAAUUUCAGAGCUAAAGAAGAUCUCUAGGUUAGAGUUUUUGAUGUAAAAUGAGCCGAUGUUGCUUGUUUUUGUAAGUGAGGACAUGGUUCCCUGUAGUGCCGUGGGGUCGGUGGGUCAGGUAACCUGAGCUCACCCACUAACUUGCCCUUGUGGCUGUAGCAGUGAUAAAACUAGCAGGGGGCGACAGGGUGGAGCUUUCCUGGGGUUUCAUAACUAAAAGACCUGGGAGAAAGACUCAGAAGAGACAAACACGCACUAAUUCCCUCCACACAGAGUGGGAUGUGGGUGUCUGUUGUAAGUCGGGGACAUAAUGUAAAUCAUACAGACCUCAUUUCACUCCUCUGCCUCAACCUCUGCUGGCUUUCUGACACACAGCAGAGGAGGUCUGCUCACUCAUUCUGACGUCUUAACCUUUAAUUGAGCCUUACACAGCUUAUAAUUACAGCUGAGCUCAUGGUUAAAAUUGCUGUCUACAGUGAAAUAUGCAACAUUGAAAUUCGCAGAGAUGGAAGGGUUUGAAGGGAAUGAAAACAGAAGUGAGUUUACAGUAAAGGUUAGCAGUUUUUGCCUCUGCUGCUGCGUUGCGAUUUCGGUUUUUUGUUUUGUCUCGUCAGGUCGCCGUCUCUCUCCAGGUCCUCUCAUUGUUUCCAGUGUGCCGUCUACAUGUGCUUGUCAUUUGCAGCAGUAGUGAGCAGUUACUCAUAUUCUGUGGUCAGCGCUGUAAUCAAAGGCCGGCCCACUAGGGCUGAGUAAACACACAUCAGGGAAUUACACUGCAUUUCUUUCCCUAUGUGCCGAGGAUAAACACUGCUUCUUGGCUGCGCGCACACUCUCACUCCCUGUCUUGUCCAGUCUGUGCAAUAACUCUGAGUGUGUCUCCUAGUAUGGGCACCUUUGCUUCUGGUCUCAUCAUUUCCAGCUCUCUCAGUAGACGCACUCUCACACCCACAGACCUCCAUUCAGCCCUGAAUGCAGUCUGAUCUGCUGUUGUUUGUCGGAGAAUACAGCUCCCACCCUCCUCCAGGCCGGGGCCAGACAGUGCAGCGAUCUACACAGUUAGCCCUUUCAUUGGGACAAACCUCCUCAAAGCCACUGUUGCCUUCAUAACCUGCCAAACCACCCAAGUGCAGAGGCGCAAUUUAGCCUUGUUUGUUUUGCCCUUUUACUGGACUACUGUGUUUUUGCAGCUCUUUUAAAUUUGCUGUACCAUCCAACAGCUACAUUUAGAUCCCGUACUACCUCAUUUUGUUCCAGCUCUUUUUGGGUUGAAACCCCAGUUGAAUCAUACCUGGCUUUACGAAUAAGAAGACACCUUCACGCACACCAUUAGGCCUCGGAUCUUGCGCUUGUGCACCUAUUUGAGUGCCUCCACCUCUGUUCUUGCCCCCUUUUCUGAUGGGACCUGACGCUGGCAGCCCCUCUAACAAGCCAGGACCUUUAUGAGUUGCGGACAGAUCCCAGCAGCCUGUCCUGCGCUGAUUUGAGGCGAGGUAAUGAGAAUAAUGAGCAAAGAGGGCCGAGGCAGUCUGGCUCUUGUCCAACUGGGCCCCACUGCACCAUGGGACACAGGACAGGCAGGCAAGCAGGCAGGCAGGCAGGCAAGCAGGGCACAAGGGGCCCUCAUUACCAGGUCUGCUCACCCUACAGGGAGAGAGGGAGCAAGUAGCGGAGAGGGCAGUGCCGAUGAUGGAUGAGGGAGCAGCGGGGCGCUCGCAGUGGACAGGUCUGGAAGGCAGAAGUGAGGCUUGUGGUUAGAGGCUUGAGGUGUUGGCAGGGUGAUAGACUUUGUCAACAAGAGAGGCUGAAAUGUCCCAACAGCACCUUGUGUUAGAGUUGUACCCAUGAAAUAAGAUAUCUAGAAUCAAGAGGUUACACGUGUUGAAGCUCUGAUCCAAUACUUUUACCAAUGCACAGAAAAAAGUCAACUAGUUUCAGGUAAAGUUAUGUGUCAUAUUAUAAUGCUGCGUUUGAGUUACCCAAGAGUUACCAGCGUUUCCGUUACCAAGUCGGAAAAAGUGAAAUGUACGAAAAAAGGCAAGCGCUAAAAUAACUUUCCUAGAUGUAGCCUUCUUGUUUCAGGCCUCCGAUUUCGCUUUUUUUCGACUUGGUAACUGAAACACUUGAAACUCGGGUGUGACAUCAUUUUCCGACAUCUGACUUCCAAGGUAACUUGAACGCAACAUAAAUAUCAACUGUUUACGAGAGCGCAGUGUUAGUCAAAGCUAGCCAAAUAUGUUGGCAAUCAAUGUUUUUCCAUCAAAAUCAUACACAUUAAAAUUUCCUUUGUGUUGAAAAGGGGGAAAAAGUACAAGUUGAGAGUAUGUGAACAUCUGUUCAAGAAAUUGAUAGGUGUUUGUCUGGCUGAAUAUACAGAAGAAAUAUCAUCAAAAUCGAAAAAAGGAGCUGCUUGUGAUUUAUGCAGUGCAACCAGAAGUAAGGGGUUGAAUCUGCGACCAAUAACUCACACAGGGAGUGAGAAUGUGCACAUGUUUAGAAAAAUGUCCACAUGAUAGAAAACAUAUACACUAUCGUCUCUUUUUUUGUUAUGAAAGUAGAGGGCAAUUCAUCAUUUUUGACUCGAUCGUAUCUGCUUCACAAAGAAAGUCGGGGGAAAACUGACCAGCUUUCGCCUGAGCCUCACUGAAACCGACCUUGAAAUCGCCGCUGCCAUUCUGAGCAGCUGGGGUUAGGAAAUAGUCCAACUUAAACAACUUUACCAUCUGACACAGGGGAAGUGGAGCCGAGAUGGCUAAAGAUGGUAUGAUGGCUGCUGAGAGAGAAAGAGAGAGAGGGAAGGAGAGGAAGACGGAGGGAGGGGAAUGAGGGAAAGCACUCUCCUGCAGUUUGUCUUAUAUAAAUCUGAGGGUUGUUUUUCUUGGUGGGGGAUUAACAAUAUUUCCACACAGGCUAAGCAAUUCACUUUGAGUGGUGGGAACAAAGCAGAGGUGGGCAGCACUUAAACAUGUAAAAACAGUGGAGAAAUGUGUUAGCAUGGCAAGGAGCCCUUCAGUCUAGACCGGUUUGAGUGGGACAGGGUUCAGAUCGAAGCAGCCAGCUGUGGCGUUUUACAAACUGCAGAAAAAUGAUCAUUUGUGUUUGUGUUUCUCAUUGCACACGCCAUCCAGUGGCCCCCGGUUACGGUCAUCUAAUGGGAGUGCAUGACAUGAAGGGGUGGAGCGGGUGAGGAAGGGGUUAAGCGUGCUGGAGAGUGGAAACAGAAAGGGGGGUGCUGCCGGAGUUGAUAGACUCCAGAUGUGUCUUUCAGAUAAACUGAAGGAACGGGGUGUGUUUGUAUUUCAAGCCCAGCUCAGUCAUGGCUCUGGGGGUUUAUUGAAACAGCGAGUGAGCCCCUUCAUAAGCCCAUUACCAAAUCGUACGCUUUAUACGCUGGUAACUCUCGCUUGCACUCUCAUUCGGCAAACUUGAUAUGGUUUCAAUGGCAGAGGAACUUCAGCUUUCUCUGGACCUACUUCCCCCCACUUCCGUCUGUGUGUCUCUGCUUUAUUUUUGCGUCUCCCCUCUCUCUCUCUCCCAGCUCUCUCCGGGUCUCUCACUGUUCCUCCCCCGUCCCUUCUCCCUACAUGCUCUAGUCCACCUACUGGCUGAAAUUUCAAUCACGGACGUGAGACUCACUAUUCAUUGAUAAUUUGAAUGAAAGGCGUUUGUCCAAGUUUCCUCCCAGUUGUUGCAUUGUUCCAACCCUUUGACUUUUUGACUUCUACUGAUUUUCUAGUGAAAACAACCAUGUGACUGUUGGGACUUUUGAAUCAAAUGUCUCUGCAAUAAAACAUAUUCAAAGAAAUAAAGGGAGAAAUAGUAUUUUGCAUGUUUUUUGAGUGCCCUCUUCAGAAAACAUAUCAGACUGAUAGUUUUAUAUUUCCCACCAACACUCAGAUAUCAUGAUCUACCGUAUAUCAUAGGGGUGGGAGAAAAAAUCGACUCACAUAAGUAUCAUGAUUUUUUGUUUUACAAUUUUUUUAAUGUUCAAAAAUUAAUUCUUUUUUUUCAUUUUUUUUUUUACAAAUUUAAGAAUAAAGGUCCUUACACGCCGUCUUUUUUCAUGUGAUUAUUUUGGACGUCAAUAUUUUUUUUCGAACCCGUAUCCUGUCAAUACAAGCGUUCACAUCAGCAACGUUUUCCCGUCCUGUGAUAUUGCAGCAUUUAUUUUUCGGAUCAUGGUCAAAUUUUCAAAAGUUUCGCAUACUGUUUGUCCACUUCUGACCAAUCAGAUUUCGUGUUGUUGUGACAUCAGAUUCACCGGUAUAUCCAACAUGGCCGACCGGCUGAUAGUUUACGUGUCGGAGAACACAGUGAUUUUUGAUAAAAGACACAAAUAUUACAAAGAUAACAACCUGAAGGACAACUUGUGGAGAGUCAUAGCGUCGGAUUUCUUAUAUGACGAUGGUUUGUGUGCUUUAACAGUUUGCUAAACGUCUUUGUUUUAACUUUCAUCUGUGCUAAGUAACUUUAGCUCGUAAGCUAACCUGUUCAGAUACAACAUACCAUAUGUAUUUUCACGGUCUCAAACUCAAUCGCGUUGCUGUCACAGCACCAUUAGGUCUCGGUUGUUACCUUACGUUUAUGGAUUAUUAGUUUAAUGUGCUUAUCUGGUACUGGCCCCGACUCAGUACAUGCUAUCAUGACAGACAGUCAUCUCAACACUAGAGUCUAAUCAGAAUCGAAAAACAGUCAGUCUGCUGUUGUGUCAGUCUUCUUGCUUACACCCGGGACACAAAGUCACAAAAUUGCAUCGCGCUUGAUUUGUAUAGUCAGGCGCAUCAAAAUUCGCCUCUGAAUAUUUCGUAAUUUGUUGUCAUAUAUUUGUGUCGUUCCCAGUAUGGUUCCUAGAAUAGUCAGUAGACAAUCAUGAUCAUUCAACAGUUGUUUAAAAUGCAGACUAAAAAAUCGACAAUAUCAUAGAAUCGCAAUUUAAAUCGAAUCGGCACCCCAACAAUCGUAGAAGAAUCGAAUUAGUAGAAAAGCAUAUCGCCCCAGCCUUAGUAUAUCACAAUAAGAAAGUAGACAAAUUUUCAUUCAUUCUCUUCCAUACUGGUCAAUCCUAUAAAAAGCAACAGAGAUGUAAAAACAGGCAUGACUCCCUUCACUCCAAAACCCUGAUCUAAACUCAAUAACAGUCUGUUUGUCCAGAGUUUUCCUUGGCAGAAUCACCUCCAAACGUUCCCGCUGCAAAACGACAGAAACAUAUAAUCAACACAGGAGAUUUUACGCUCAAAAAAUGAAACAGCUAUUCCUGAUCGUACCGCUUAGGGCUGUGCAGUUUGAUCCAAGGUUUAUAUCAGUCAGCCAUGAGUGGGUCUUGGAGUUCCAUUUGUUUAAAACAUCGUGCAUUCACAUGAGUAAAUAAUCAGGUGUUGACAGUAAAAAUCUGAACAGGAAUAUAUCUAGUGUGUUUCCAGCUGUGACCCAAAUUCAAGCUGUUUUAUAGACACAAUAGAAAAAAAACAGAUCUGUCGUCUUUGCUCCUUGCAGCAAAGUCACUGGUUUUCAUAUAAACAUGGACAAAAGGUUGAUUAGGUAUAUCCAAUCUUAGAGGAACCAGAAAAACGUAAAGAAAAUAAUCUGGGGAAGGGGCAGCAAAGCAGGAAAUUAGUAGAAAAACAAGAGCUCUGCAGAUCCCGGUUUCCUGUUUUGGGGGGAAGGCAGGAGUACGUUUGGGGCCGGUGUUACAGAGCCCCCAUUGUGAGCAAGUGUGUUGAGGAGUAGGGAGGUGGGGUCUGCGGGGCCAUACACAGGGACGAUUCUGCUCAGUCCUGAAUCCCCUAACCCACCUGCCCCUCCCUACAGGGGAAAGCUAGCUAGUAAAAAAAGGGAGAAAAAGGAAACUGUAAAAAUAAACGAGCAAGGGCCUCUGCUAGAGACGUCAACCAGACAGGAAAUGACACGCGGCACAAAAAUGGUCUCUUGUGGCCUCCGUCAGGAACCAAGGUGCCGGCAGCCCCCCUCUCUCUUUGUGUCUCCAACGUACUUUUAUUCAUUUGUAGACUCACAUGUUUGUUUUUUGUCUUCGGGCAGUUUCUUAUAUUGCUCUGCAUCAGGAGAUAAAUCUGAGUGAGUCGGCUCUGUAACGCCACCUCUUUCCAUUAAAAAAAUUCCAGGAACAGGAAAUUCUUGAUUCCAGUCUGGCGAUAAUGAGUGGCCGUUCCCUGGCUUCAGUCAUUUUCCCUGCUCCCUCUGGGGCUGGGACCUAAACAAUGUCAGUGGAGCACUCCAGACCUGGCCGCUGUGCUCCUGAUAAUGGAGCACUCCACGUCUGGGGCGCUGUACAGACCAUGUCUUCAUUAGUACCCUCUCGCUGCCCUACAAGCACGUCGCUCCUCUCCAGCCUGCAUGGGGCCCAGGUGCUCAUCCCCUGUACCCGCGGAGAAAUGAUUCUCCAGAAUGGCAGAGCACCAGCCCCAUUGACUGGGAGGAGUAUUUUUGAGAAAAGACGUUCUUAAUGGCAGCUGCUGGUGUUAGGCCCCCAUCGCAGCAGACAAUGGCCUCUCCUGGUCUGGGAAUGAGCUCGAGUCCGUCACACAGGCCUCAUGUGGCGAAACGGAUAAAGCAGUGCUCUCUCAAGGUUGCAAAGCAUAACUCAAAGACGCGUCACCCUCAAUCAUGUAGCUUUUAGACGAAGGACACACUGCUCCUUAUAAUGAAAAAGCCAGAGCUACAAUCUGCAACUCCUGACCCUUGCAGAUCUGAUAUUUCCACGCUCGUGCCCUCUUUGAAGUACUUCCCAUCCCAGCUCUGAUCCUCUGGCCUAGUGACAGCUGUUGUCGUCAACGUGAAGGCCACCGAGCUGUGAAACUGUUGUCAGGGAGGGCGCUGUCUCCUCCAGAGGGCACACACACACACGUCAUCGCCUGAGUGUGAGGCCUGCUGUUGAAUUUGAAGAUUUGCUGCAAAGUUGCAAAUAAAUCUGAGAGUUUAAGGGAGCAGCAAGGCAUGAGUCUGCAGCGAGGAGUGAGCCCUGGUUAUGACUGGAGACAAUGACUUAUAUUCGGGGUAAAUGCUCGCCCCGUGUCCUGAUGACUUCAUGUGGUGGGCUCUCCACAUUCCCCAGGUUGGUGAUAAGAGAGUGUGAGACAUAAUGAACUGCAGGUACUCCUCAGGCCAAAACACAGCAUCAUGCCCUCGGAGGCAGGGUGCAAAAGAGCAGACAACAGGAAAUGCAGAUGUGAGACGCAAUUCUCUCUUUCUAAUCACAAAAGGUUGUUUAAAAUGUUUUAAGAUUUUAUAAUUUUUUGCUCUAACUACUAGAUUCUAACUCAAGUAUCUGCACUUUUUAUAAUAAUAACCAUUGCUUAAUUUAAGGCUCCUGUGAGUAACUUUUGGUUUGUAUGAACUUUGGCGCCCCCUGUGGACAAAGCCGUCUUUGCUUACAUUGUCCUCAAAUAGCAUAUGUAGUGUCUUUUGACGAACCUACUACCUUGCACCGUUUCAUGCAUUAAAAAUUAUAAAAUUAUAAAACUUUGAAUCUUGCCCCUAUUGGUUCUUUUUUUUGGGGAUAUCAGGAAAAUGCAUCUAUAUAACUAACACUCUACUCCAUAAACAACAAAACUCUGGACUAGGGCUGGGCGAUAUAACCUCAAAUCAAUUUCACGAUAUAUUGAGCAGUUCACCUCGAUAAGGAUAAAUGGACGGUAACUACUCCACAAGCUGCUCAUCCCCCCCCACAUCCUCUUGUCUACUUCAGCCUCUAGAGCUUUUGAACCGUCCUCCAUCUCCUCACCUGUCUUUCCCUCUUUGUUACGGACUGGAUGGCGUGGAGUCACAUCUCUGACGUAGGACAACGUCUUAAAGGGACAUGACCAUAGCCUACCUACACACAUCCAAAACCAACUUUUAUUUAUUUAUAUUUUUGACACCAAAUAUAUUGACACGGGCGAAAUGACGUUGGUUAUUGUCGUAAAUUUUGGUAAUGGUAAAUUUUCAGUUUAUUGCCCAGCCCUACUCUGGACUGCAGGGAACUGCAGGGAACUGCAGACAGUGUCGAGUCACAUUUCCACAAAACACUUCCAAACGGAACUGUAAGUUGUUUUCAAGUUAAUGUCCCCUUUUGUUUGAUUUUAAUAUUGUUGCUUUUUAACUUUUAUUUCAUGUUUAGAUUUCUCACAGGGAUAUAUUUGUUAAACAACAGUAUUGGCCAAUUUUGGCAAGGCCCUUGCACUAUAUAUAACCAAAUGUGACUCUACUGUCCCACAUCAGUUUAAAGGGGGUUGCUACUUUCCAGUAUAUCCUAACACUGGAGAGCAAGAAGAGGUUUGUUAUUGUGCUGAAAAGUCACCUGUUAAACAAACUCUGGCGUGACAUAAGAAGACGACAGGUACUGUUUGCACAUGUGUGAUUUGUCUUUGUAGUCAAAUGUCAAAGUACUUGUCAGCAGAUUAGUAUAACACCAUCUCAGCGAAGGAUUAGACAUGUGCAGUUUGUAAGACAUGAUCCAGAGACCUUUCAAGAAAAGGUUGGAGGAUCAAAUCUUUCGGCUCUUUGGUAAACAGACUCAGUAAAGUUAUCAUGACGUAUAGUGUAACAGGAAUCCAGAUGACAGCAAAGGCAUAGUACUAGAUGUGAUAUCUGCAAGGGUUCUCGCUCUCUUCUCUGAGUGUGCUGAUGCUUUCUUUUAGAGGAGGUCAGUGUUAAACAGCAAAUUCGUUUGUAUUUAUGAGUGUGAAAAGGACGGACAGGGAGGGGGAGACGGUUGGUCAUCAGAGAGAGGAAAUAGUGGGCAGUACCUCGCCUUUCAUCACCGCACUAAUGAGCUCCACUACACAGACUGGAAACAGCAGCAUUGUUCUCUCCCCUCGCCCCGUUUAAAAAUCCUAUACAGCUACUGACACACAGAAACACAUGUAGCUGCAUUCAGAGUAACACUGUGAAACACAAAGAUUAGCACAUACAUCAUCAUUUCUCUCAACAGCCUUAUGGAUGAAUUCAAUGUUAAUGCAACAAAGCAGUUUCUUGAUAUUUCUCAGUCAGUAUCAUAAAGGUGGAAAAACCUCCACUGCUUUAAAAAGCUGUGAAGUUGUUGCAAAGUGUUUGGACUAAUAAGCUGGCACACACUCAAAGGUCUCCGCUGAGCUGUCCAAGACUGUCUGCUUUGAGACAAACACAACAGACCUCAGCCUCUUGGUCCAGGGCCAGGGACUUCUGCUCCAUCAUUAUAGCCUGUCUCCUGUCUAUAAUCCAGAUAUGAGCAAUGGCUUUGUAAGCGCUUGGACCAGCAGAUCUCUUGGCUUGACUUUGGCCAUACCACAUGGUGUCGUUUUUUUUUUCUUUUCGGGAAGCCAUUUUUGAAUACGUUCUUCUUGCCCUGGAUUGAUCAAAAUAGCUCAUCUCUUGGAAAGCAGACAGGACAAUGGUUAGGAGAUUCCUGAGGUUGGACAUGGUGUGAGGCAGCGCGGUCGAAAGCAGCAAUGACGGAUAAUCUUUUGUGGAAAGAAGGACCAGAAAAAUUCCCUGAGGUCUGCCUACCACAGUGACAUCUUGGGUAAAAGUGAAACAGACAAAAAGCAGCCAUGGAGAUGUUGCUUUUACACUCCUGUAAGGAAAUCCUCUUUUAUGGAUGGUCAACUGGAUGAACACAGAACCGUUCUGACCCACAUCAGCCAUGUAUAGCCGAUAACCAUCUCUCGACCUCUUAUAACCCUGCUUACUCACUUGUCUGAUAAAAAAACAUCUUUGAUUCAAAAUGUAAUGCAGAUGGUGAGGAGCAUCUGGCUGAAGGGUUUGAUGAAUGGAUUUGUUUUUGUGCUUUAAAAAAGAAAGAGUGGAGGAAGUAUAAUCUUCAAAGGAGCAAUAGAAAUUAAUAUUUAUGAUUUUAUGAUUUUCAAGAUUAUCGUCGAAUAAGAAAAUCACAAUCUGGAAAACGCCUGAGACUUUUCAAGCAGUUUUGAAUUUCACAAAUAUUUUCUUUGGUUUAGAAAUUUUAUUUUGCUAGCCUCAAACACAGGUGGCUGAUGGGAUAAGAUUUCCUAUCUGUGUGCAGAAAACCUCCCGCUGUGUCUCAGUGGAGGCGCAAGGUUUAGAGAAAUGAGUCUCCUCUCCUCUUUUUUUGAAGACAGAGCCCUCGGUGUUGAGGAAGUGGUUCAUAUUUAGCUAAAUUUUCUCACCAGCAGCUGGCUAUCGUAGCUAGAAGUGAAAAACAGGGGGAGCUGUGCUUAUACCUGACUCUCAGCGAUUAACAGACUCUAUUUAUUCUAUUAAUCCACCCAAAUGCAUCAUAUUUGGGAUGUUAAAUAAGGUGUUUAUUUCUGUUUUUGUCUGCUUAGCUCUUACCAACCUACUGCACUUUACUAGUUUCAUGUUUUUUGCUCUUUUGCUCUCACAGCUGAGCUUCAGUAUAAAAAAAUUAAGCUUACAUUGAUAUCCACCUUUUACCCUUUGCAAGAGGAAGCAACUAAGCAUGUUUCUGAAACUAUAAGACUAUUCACUUAAAACAUGUCGACAUUAUUUUCUCAUUGACUGAAUAUUUUCUGUUUCCACAGGGACCUCAAGCACAACUUAAUCAGCACCAUCAUGCCCGGAGCUUUCCAAGGCCUGUCUGAGCUUCGGAAACUGUAAGUAGACAUUAGCAUGAUUCACAUUCUUUUGGUGUGAAGAUCAGCAAACACAGGCAAGGAUAGGAAACUGAGAAUGUAAUUUUUUGGUCUGUGAGGAAUGAUAGCUUCAGUAUAGAUUUCUUAAUAAAAUGAGCCACAUUUUUAGCCGCGGUGUGAAGAGACAGGCCUGUUACAGUUUCUGGAGCGGAUUCUGUUUUGACUGCUCAUGUUAGAUGUUGUAUUGAGCUCCUGGUGUUUCUAGGACAAUAAAGGCCUCCUUUACGACUGCAGUGUUUAUGCUGAUCUUUGCGGGAGCCUUGCAGUGUCAUCUCUUGUGCCCUGCUCCACCACUGUUUAAACCUCAGGGCCACGCAGAGGCUCCUCACCACCAUUGGAUGUGACAGGACGGCUGUUUGCAGCCACUCGCUGCUCGCUCAUUGUGUUUUUGGACUCUGAUGUCUGGUUGCGGCGUGGGUCAGAGUUAGUCGUCUAUGCCGCCCCGCGUGACUCCCCGCUCCUCCUCCCCCUUCUUGUGUUUUCCCUGCGAGGUCUGGGGCUUCUCAAAACAAACAGGGGGAGAUAAACACAUGCUCUGGACGGCUCUCUGCUGGGUAAUGUCAGAGGUGCAACAGAGCAGAUCCCUCUCUGGCUGCGGCUAUACAUCACACUCAGAGGUGGACGGCAGAACAGGGGCCCAGUGUUUACCCCUUUGCUGAUAAAACUUCACCGGCAUCCCGUUGAGGAGAGAUAAGGGAAAGUGUUAGGGACUGUGGGCAUUCUUAUUUAGAUGUUAAACUAUCUAAACUUUCUAUUUGUGGGGAAAAAAGUAAACCCUUAUCACUGUUUUAUCUCAACGGGAGUUUCUUCCUCGUCUAAACUGCAUCCCAGUGAUCCCAAAAACAACACAAAGAUACCACAAUCUUGGACUGAGUCGAGUCCUUUUGUUUCAGACACAUUCCUUUGUUUUUCUUUCUAGUGAUCUCUCCAACAACCGCAUCGGCUGCCUGACUGCUGACAUGUUCCAGGGGUUGACCAACCUCACGAAACUGUAAGAAAAAGAAAAAUGGAUUCCCCCAAAGUUUUCUCCAUUUCACAAUGAGCGGUGAAGUUAUUGAAUUAACUUUUUUUCUCUCUUUUUUUUUUUUUUUCUCUCGUACAUUGUGUGCUGCUAGGAAUCUCUCUGGCAACAUCAUAUCAACUCUGGAUCCUGGAGUGUUUCAGGAGCUGCCGUCCCUUAAGCUAGUGUGAGAAUAAGACACUGUCUGCUCUCCUUAACUCCAAACAUUUCACUCACACAGCAUACCAUUCCAUAUCUGAAUAAAACAAUAAAUAUCCAAGAGAAGGAAAAAAAACAACAUAACAUUUACUUUCUCUGCAUAUUUAUUUUUCCUCUGGUCACUAACUGUGUUUCACAAUGACUGUUGAGAAAGCCAAAUACGCACUGAGGGUUUAUUUGACAUGUAUUUAUUUGGAUAGAUUUAUCUAUAUGGUAUUUGGAAACACAUAUUGGCAGUUAUCAGCCAAGAGAUUAUACUGUCUAAAAACAAUUCCCUUUUUAGUUUGCAGUACCAAAUGUUCUUGCUAAACACGCUACUGUUAAAGAGAGAGGAUAAUAAAUUUACAUCGAAGGGAACAGUGAAUUUACAGGCCUAAAUUACUUUUUAUCUGCAGGUAUGACAUGUUACUCUUUUAAUGAAAAUCAAAUUGGUUUUGCUCGCAUAAUAAAAGCCGAUCUUUUCUCUGUCCAGGAACUUCAACUCUGAAUACCUGUCAUGCGACUGCAGCCUGCGAUGGGUGCCCGGAUUCUUCCGCAGCACUUCAGCCCGGUUAGGGGAUGAAACUCUUUGUGCCUACCCAAGGAGCUUGAGGGGAAAACCCCUGCGAGGACUCAGGGAGAGCCAGCUGAGCUGUGGUGAGAGCCGGGACUCAUGAAUGAGGCGGUUCACCGCUUUGUUGCAGGGACCGUUGACUUGUGGAUGACAAUGAGAGUUCACUCAUAACCAUGCUUAGAACCGUACCGAUAUUUCUGAGAAUCAGUGAACCAAAAGUGCUGAAACACAUCCAAGGAAGGAGCUCAGCGGGGGCAUAUUUCUAAAAGUAUCACGGAGCUGUGUUGACAACUAAUCCUGCGGGUUGCUUCUGCCUGCAGUUAAUCUGCUGUAGAGCUGCAGACUCAUUCUAGCUUCUGUGGAAAUAUUCAGCUGAGGUUGGGUAAUGAGAAGAAAUCAUUCACAGUGACUUGAUUCUUGUGUCUUUUCCGUCAUGUUGCGUAGAUGGUCCUCUGGAGCUGCACACCCUGUCGCUGCUUCCAUCCCAGCGUCAGGUGGUCUUCAAAGGUGACCGGCUGCCUUUCCACUGCACCGCUGCCCUGGUGGACAAGAUCACUACUUUACACUGGCGUCACAACGGCCGGCUGGUGACUUCUGAUUCUGAGAUGGGUGUUCAGCUGGAGAGCAAUGUGUUGCAUGACUGCACCUUCAUCACCAGGUACAGAGGAAAACUUGAACUUUAUAUCUCUGUGUAAGGAAAGUCAAAGUCAAAUGUGUAACAAUGUCAGACGCACAGUGAAGUAGGAAGUAGUAACGUGUCGUAAUGAGCUGUCUCGAUCUUCUUUAUCCAGUGAGCUUAUUCUAUUCAAUGUACGUGCGGAGGCCAGAGGGGAGUGGGAGUGUGUGGUUUCCACUGGGCGGGGCAACACGUCUCGCAGUGUUGAAAUAUUGGUGCUGGAGAACAGCGCCUCCUUCUGUCCAGAGGAUAAAGUUGUCAACAACCGUGGGGAAUUCAGGUGAGUUACAGCUGAAGUGAUUAAAGCAACACAACCUGAAGAGUCAACGUUUUUUUUUUUUCAAUCCAUUCAUUCAGUUUUUUAUCCCCUAGGUGGCCGAGGACUUUGGCAGGCAUCACCUCUCAUCAGUACUGCCUGCAGAUGCGAUACCCUUCUCUGUCUAUGGAGGGAGGUAUUGAGCAAAAAAAGGCCUCGAGACACUGUGAUGGCAAUGGGAAGUGGCAGGAUGCGAACUACACAGACUGUCAUUACACUAACGGCAUCACCCGGGUCCUGCACACCUUCAUCCUGGUCAGUAAGGAUGAAAAGUUUUACCACAGUAUCUCCUCUCUGAUUAGAGAAAGUAAUAAUGAUUACAUCUUUUCCCUGCAGCGACCAAUCAAUGCAUCUAAUGCUGUCACUUUGGCGCAUCAAGUACGGACAUACACCCUGGAGGCUGCGGGCUUUACUGACUCUGUGGAUGUUUUGUAUGUGGCGCAAAUGAUGGAGAAGUUUAUGGAGUAUGUCAAGCAGCUCAGAGAAGUAAGAAAGAAGUUUGAAGUUUUCUAAAAUACCUGUUUACUGAUCUGUAUGUCGUGCCCUCUCAUGACUUAAUGAUUUCUUUGUUUGUUCCAGUUGUCAGAGGUGUUGGUGGAGAUGGGCAGUAACCUGAUGCAGGUUGAUGAUCAGCUCCUUGCACUUGCACAGAGAGAGAAGAGGGCCUGCAGCUCGAUAGUUUACUCCCUGGAGACCUUGGCCUGGCCUCAGCUACACAGUCACGCUCAGGACUUCUCAAUGGUAGGGACCACUGACCUGAUUUUCCUUUGUUUUCAUAUUUUAAAUCCUGUCGUAAGAGCCGGUUAAGCUUCCUUUAACCCAACAAGAAACUUUCAUAUGAUAUAAAGAUUUUGCAGAGCAGAUUUUGUAUUUUCUCUCACAGAAAUUUGCUAAAAUAAGAAAUAAAUUUGGAGUUUUUUCCUGCACAGGUGUCGAAAAACAUUGUGAUGGAGGCUCACUUUAUUCGACCAGCUCACUUCACUGGUAUAACCUGCACUGCAUAUCAACGGAGAGAAAUCUCCACAAGCAGCCUGGGAGCAGAAAUGGCAGAGUCCGCUCACGAACAGCAGCUUCGUUUUCGCUGUAGCACCGGUUCCCAUAACACCUCCCUCAACAAUUUCCCUCUGAAGGUUAGCCUCAGCUUUUCACAUAGCUACUAUUAGUACUUGUAACCUGUUGCAUCUACAGUCUUAAAGAUGUGCCGGUUGAUUCAUCAUAAAAAAUAUUUCUUUUUGUGUCUUUUUCUCCAGAAUUCAGUAGCCCUGGCCUCUGUGACGCUUCCUGUGACCUUGUUUCCUCCUGAUGCUCCUGCAGACUGUAAGCUGCAGUUUGUAGCCUUCAGGACUGGCAGCUUCUUUCCACUGUCUGGGAACUCAAGCAACACAGGAGGGCAUUCACGCAGACGCAGUGUCAACACCCCAGUCAUCUUUGUCGGCCUUGGUGAGAGAUCAUAUUGUGAAACCUUAUUUUCGUUUAUUUCAAGGAAAUCCUAAGUUACACCCAAAAGACCAGUCAGCACUCCUGCCUUUUAGUCAUUUUUGUCCUUGUCAGAAAAUUUUUCAGAAAUGACUCAACAUCAGUGACAAAAAAAGUCAACAAAGAAGACCAUUGUUCUUCUAACAGCAGUGCUUGUUGAAUUUUAAAGGCUUUUUUUCAUGGUUAAAUAAAAUUCAACACAGCACAGUUAGCUGUAGAAACUGUCAUGUAAUGUUAAAAACUAUGGCUCAAACCUUAUCAGACAAUACAAACAUCUUCAUGACAUAUUUUCCAUUUUAUUGCAAAAUAAACAUUUCCCCCUCUUUCUGGAACAGAUGGCUGCAGUAUGUGGAACCACUCAGAGCCCAUCUGGGUGUCACUGCGCCACUUGUCUCCUGGUUCUGACGCUGUGGCAGCCCAGUGGAGCCUUAAAGCAUUGGAGAAACAGGGAAGCUGGAGCCAGGAGGGCUGCCAGCUGGUGCACAGCGACGGCAGCAUCUCCACCCUGCGCUGCUCUCUUCUCAGUAACUACGCUGUGCUGCAGGUAGAAUGAACUUCUGCAUCAAACUGAAGUUUUUAGGAGUGAUUAGGAAUUACAAAAGUUCUCCAAGACUUUGAUUUGUGGGUUUUUACCUUUUUCAGGAGGUGCCUGACUUCCCCACCCCUUCACCCAUUUCUGUAAGGGUGCUCCACCCGGUGGUGUAUGCCAGCACUGCACUGCUCCUCCUCUGCCUCUUCACCAUCAUAAUCACUCACAUAUUGCAUCACAGGUACCAUUGUAGAUGUGCACAAAGAUACUUAUUCAGCAUUCAUGUUGGCUUCGUCUCAUUGCGUUGCUCUGUGCCCUUUUGCAGCACUAUUCAUAUAUCAAGAAAGAGCUGGCACACUUUGUUGAAUACUUGCUUCCACAUCGCCAUGACAACAGCCAUCUAUGCAGGAGGCAUAAGCUUAACUAGCUACCCAGUGGUUUGCCAAGCAGUAAGACCUGAUUUUAUACUAAAAGCUCAUUUUGAUUCAUGAACUUCAAGCCUGUUGUCUUACUGAACUCUACCAUGUGACAGGUGGGCAUCGCUCUGCACUACUCCUCUCUGUCGACCCUGCUGUGGAUAGGAGUCAGCGCCAGGGUCCUCUACAAAGAGGCUGUGUGGAGAAUGCCACGGCAAACUGAAGGAGAGCCCCCUGCUCCUCCUACUCAGAGACCUAUGCUCAGGUCAGUGGGCGCAACACACCUUCACCCACUUCUGCACUGUGAGGUUGCUGUAUGCUAUCAUUAAGCGAUAUGUUAUAGACAGAUGUGGGUGUCCUUGUGGGUGACCACCCAGACUGUUCAGCAUCAAAGUGGGCCAUUGUGCCCCACUACCAAAGUCUCUCUGUUUUAAAGAAACACUUGGAGGGACAUGACAGAGUAUUGCUGUAUGGCGCAAAAAUGUUGCAGGCCUCUAUGGACCGUGAGGGGGGAGGGGAGGAAUGUAUGAAACCAACAUAACAGAAGCAGAGGGGGUCAUCAUAAAUCUAAGCUGGGUGGUUCAAGUGGUGCACUGUCUUUCCAAAUCUACCCCUCCAUUUCUCUCAACCCUGCCCCUGUGAUUCUGAAGCUGUGGUCAUACACUGUGCUGCUUACCCCACCGGCCCUCCCACCAUCCCUUUGUUGCCUACUCUGCCCCUCGGGAUCAAGCAGCAAUAAAUCACAGAGUUCUGGAGACCAUACUGACCUUUGUAACACUCAGACUGCUAAGAGUGCAAAAGAUCACGCAGAUUACAGACAGGCUGAAACAUAAAAACACAGAAAGAAGAAAAGGACACCAACAAGCACACUUAAAAAAAUCAUGGCAGCCAAAGGUCAAACAGCAUCCUGUAGAAUAACAACUUAUUUUAUUUUCAUAUCUACCACCUUAAAAUGUGUGUUUUUUGUCAUUCAAGGUUUUAUUUAAUAGCGGGUGGAGUUCCUCUUAUCAUCUGUGGGAUCACUGCAGCUGUCAAUGUCAACAACUACGGAGACAACAGUCCUUAGUGAGUGCUUCUCCUUUUAAGCUUGAACCGUCUGAACUCCUGACUUUGUCUUGUUUUGUUUGGUGAAGUGAAUACCUCUGUGUGUCGUAUUGAAUUUACAGACAUCUCCUUGUUUUGCUUUUUUUUCUGCCUCUUGCAGCUGCUGGCUGUUGUGGCGCCCCAGUCUAGGGUCUUUCUUUGUCCCCGCUGGCCUGGUGGUGUUGGUGACCUGGAUCUAUUUCCUGUGCACAGGGAUCCGCCUGAGGCACCGUGUAGCCAAAGAAUGCACAGGAACCACCCUGUCCACCCCUGUGACUGAGAGUCAGCCUGCACUGGCAGGAAGCACCAGCCUCCUGUCCACAGACUCAGCAGUGGGGCCUAUUAAUCCUGCUGCUGCCCCAGAGGACCAGUACUCUCUGAAGACACAGUUCUUGGUGCUGGUGGCGACCCAUUUCCUGUUUGUGGCUUUGUGGUGCUGUGGAGCCAUGGCAAUGUGGCUGACAGGGCGCAGCAGCUUGUUGUUCAGCUGUCUCUAUGGGAUAGCUGCCACCAUAUUGGGGGUGUUUCUGGUGGUGCAUCACUGUUUCAGACGUUUGGAUGUGCAGGCUUCAUGGCUUGUAUGUUGUCCGGGUUAUCGCCGCUCCCAACCGAUGUCUACCUACACACAUACCUGCACCACUGGGAGCGGAGUGCAGACCUCAGAGCAGGGAUCACAGCUUUUUAUCAACUGCCAUCCACCUGCUGAAUCUCACAACUCCUCGUCAGCACGGUCAUCUUCCACCCCAAGUGGGAUCAGCAGUGUGGGCCCCGGGCCCUGCAAGCUCACCAACCUGUUACAGGUGGCACAAGACAAUCCAAAUAACACGGCACGUGCCCCUCCAGGGAACAACACCAGUACCAGUACUGAUAACAUCACCAAGCCAACAAACAAUGUCCUGCCCACCAUUAACUCUGCAGCCCCAGUGCACCCCCAGAGGAGAAAAGUAGGGAGCAGAACUAAACAGGGGGGCAGCCAGUAUCACCAUCGAGGUGACGGCAGGGGUCACUAUCGCCUCAAAGCUCUAAGGACUGCAGGAGGAGGGGGCAGCCUGGGAGCUUUGGGUCCCUCUGGUUUAGAUCACCUCAGUUCUUCACAUGUGGUUUACAAACAGGCGACAAGUGAGAAUGGAAGCGUGCACCAUAGCCUUUCAGAGACCCAGACCAGCCCGCUGACCAAUGGGAAGCGUGUCGGGGAGUCAGUGGCAACAAGCCCCUCAGAGGGCAGUGACGGGGGAAGCAGCGGGAGCCGUAAACCCUUCCCCCUGCUGCCCUCUAUUGCUAGCAGAGCAGCCAUGCACGGGGCUCAGAGACGAUGCGCCAGCAGGGACAAUUUAAGACUCGCGGCUGCUGCAGAACGAGACUCUAAGCGCUGCUCUUACCCUCUGAACAGCGUCACCACCACUGUUCCAGGAGCUGCUGCCCCAAACGGCACCCUGAAAAAGACGGUGCCGGAGCAGGAGCAGGACAUGAGCGGCACUGACCAAUCCCAGAGCUCUGUGGGGAUGAAAAGUGGUUUGUGGAAAAGUGAAACCACAGUGUAACCUAUACUUACAUGUGAACUUCUAUGCAUGACCUUAAUGGACUCUGGAAAUGAUUGGGUUAUGUUUUAAUGGUCUUUUGAUUAUUAUAAUUAAAUAAUUUAAGAUAUAGAAUCUUUGAGGCAUCCAGGACCCUGUUGGUACUUUUGCCUCUGUAGAGUUGUACAAGUUUGCUGUGAAAUGGUGAAAAAUAACAAGACAGAUGUUUUUUUAUUGUCAUUUUCAAACACUAGAUACUCAUUUAUUUUAUUCAUUUUGCAAAAAAAUGUACAAUAUAUCUCUGAAUUAGCAUAUGAUGUUGAUUUUGGAUGUCUAAUGAAAGCUUUGCUGUUUUAUUAGUGAUUUUUCUAUGCAUAUCAAAUAUAGCAUGAAAUGGAAAAUGAGACGAUCAAUUUCCAAGUUCAGCUUUGUGCAGUUAAUCCAUGGACAACCUUUCAGACGUAAUUUUGCCUUAUGUAAUUGUUUGUGUAUGCUGAUAAUGUUUGUUUUUGUAUGUUCUGUGUAUGUGAGUCUGUUCCAGUGUGUGUUUGUGUAACGUAUGCAAAUAUAAUAGGAUAGUUUUCACAUCAGUGUGACUGUUCAAAGCUCAGAGUGGAUAAAAAAAAAGCUGUUUGAGACUUAUGAAAACCUGAUUGAUUGGUAAAAAUUCCCACCAGCACUGACAGAGCCUGCCUUAUAGAAGUUAGGACAGAAGACAGGAGGAAAAAGUAAUUGGUUUCUCUCAUGCAAGACAAGAACAAACAUGCAGCCUCUUGAUCCAAACCUCACCAGUUACUUCCCCCUCCUGGAUAAGAGUGGAACUUUUUUCUCUUUAUCAGAAACCUUAAAUAUGCUGCAAUCCACACAAAUCUCACAGGUUUAGCAAUCAUAAACACAUUCAGCCGACUAAUUACUACCAACAGUAACCCUUCCAACACUAAUUUUAUACAUAUCACAUACUUUUUGUGAUGCCAUUCAUUUUUGCUUCACAUAUUGGAUGAGUUCAAACCCCAAAGUUCUCUUUUUUUGUACAAUUUGAUACACUUGCAAUUCAGGAAAUUGCAUUUACAGGAAAUUGUGUUUCAACUAUGCAGCUCAUUGUCAUGACUCUUUCCAUUGUUCUACAAAGAGGAAGUCUUCACAAAACUCAGAGAAAAGCAUACUGUAUGCUGCAGCUGUAAGGUCUGUUACUAUGGUCAGUCUGUUGUGCUAGUGUUGUAUUUCCUGUGUGCACUAUAUGAGCUUUUUGAUAUGCCUUGAAUAUUAUAUAUUCAGGAUGUUAAACCCAAAGAUUUUUCAUCUGUUCUUUGAUACCAUGACUUAUGGGACCUCUCAAUGAAAACAAAUAUAAACAUCAAGAUACAUC